AUGUUCAGCUCCGAUAUAGUAUGAAUUAUAGAAUGUUAAAAAAUAGAAAGGGAUGGACUAUUUAUCAUGAAAUUUUUUAUCCCUGUAUUUAAAAGUUAUAUGAAAGGCUCCGUAAAAGUAGAAAAUCAUUUUGAAUUCUAGGAGGAAGUUUCAAACCGGCACGGUCGUUUCCACGUUAUUAAUCUCUCUUUUUUCUACUUUUUUGAAAGUUUUUUGCGACGUUUCUUUGCUCCCCACCUACAACUUAUCAGUUUAGCCAGUCUUCAGAGUUGAUUUUCUGCUGAAUCAUAAAAUAUCGGAAAAGUUGUUUUUCGGUUCGCGAAACUGUCGUUGGUCAAGAAGGGUUCCUUAGCUUUAAUUUGGUAUAAAUGUAUCUGCCCAAAAUUUUUUUUAUAAUAGGUCUAGCCGUUUCUGAUCAUUUAUUCACUUGUUUAAAUAUCAAAUUUUUUUUAGACUUUUCGGUGAACGUUUAAUUUAUUAAUUUUUUCUUGGAUUGCUGAAAAAUUGUUUUCUGACCUAUUCAUUUUCCAAUUCGUACGUUAAUCAGCGAUUCCUCCAUUUGUCAAAGAUUUUUUUCUUUUUUUACAUGGAAAUAUUCAACGGGAAGCUGUAGGGAUGAGAAAAAUGUUAAACUUUAUGAUUUUUUUGAAUUCUUUCGGUUCCUUGUUUUUUUCCCGUGACUCAUCGAUCCCAUGUCAUCCGACUUCUCGCCCUUAUUGUGUUUUUAAUUUCAUCUUUUUUUAAUAUAUUUUUGUGACGUCUUCAGCAUUCAAAUAGAAAAAAAUCAGCCCAAUUUAUUAAAUUUUACAGCUGGAUAGGGCUUUUUCAAAAUUCAUUUUCGAGUCUUUUUUUUUUGAAUUCUGAAGUUUUCAUUCCGAAAAAAAAAUGAAUCUUUUCUCCAGGGUCCAACGAGAAAAGCUCCCCGACGAAGACUCUUCUCGUUGGUGGAAGAAGAGGAACGUCGUCGGAGCAUCAGAAGACGUCGGGCGGCGGCGGCGGGGCAACGACGUCAUCUCGAAGAAGACGUCAUCUUGACGACGGCGACGGCGAAAAAGAGGCAGACCUGCCGCCGAGCAGUCCCAUGCUUCAGCCGAGAUGUCGGGUUCGUUCAAUUUUUUAUCGAUUUCAUUGAUUUUUUGCUUUGUUUCAACUCAGAGCUGCGUCGCGGCUCGCGAAGCGGUCAGAUUUUAUUUUUUUCGCACUUUUCUGUUUCAAAAUGUUUUCAAAGGUCUUGAAUCAUGAAUUAACUGUUCAACAGGUCACUAAACAUGUAAUUUGGAAUAUUUAACCUUGAAUUCAAAUGCAAAAACUCAAAAUUGGAAUUUAACUUUAUUCGAUUCGAAUAUUCCUAAAUCACCAUUUUUUGCUAAUUUUAUUGAUUUUUUGAGUCUUUUUUUAACUUUUUUUCAACUUAAAAGUCACUACUAAUUAACCUUGGAAAAAGUGAUUAAAGGGUCUUAUUUAUUUUAAUCUUUUUUUAAGGGCGGUGAGGGGGAGGCCUUAUGUAAGGGUAUUCAGAAUUUCCACUUUUUUUAACUUCAAACUUUUUUUUAUUAUUUUUUUGGGACCCUUUAGAAUUUUUUUAUUGUGUUUAUUCCUUCAGAUUGAACAGUCCCUUUUUUUCAAAUUUUUCGUCUAGUAUAAUACUUUCUAUGUUUUUUUCAUGAAUAAGAGAAGCUCUUCUCUUUCCUGUUUCAUCCCAGAUUUAUCACGAUUUCUCGAAAUUUUGAAUCGAUCGGUUUCUUGUUCAGUGGAAUGUUUUUUUCUCAAGCAUAACAUGGAUUUUCGUAUUUUAUUAGGAUUCUAAUGAAUACCAGGUACUUUCUGGUCGCAUGUAAAAAUGACUCAAAUUUUAAAACUGAAUUUCUACUUUUUUUGUUAAUUAACCGAUCAGAAAUUUGUUGAGAAAGUUCUCCAGUUAAUAUAUUCCUAUGUCAGCGCGAUUCUUGAGUUUAUGAAUAUAUUCAGUCCAAUGGUUGGCGUGUCGAGCAAUUUGAAUAAGUUAAUGAUUUUUUCGGAAUGUCUUUUCGCACUUUUCUCUUUUUCUUUUUUUUGAGAGCUUCGAAAAUUUUUUUUAUUGAUCGUUUUGGUUCAUUCUUUGGUUUUGAAGUAAUAAAGAAGGAUUUUGCUAUUUUUUGGCUCGAAUUUAGUUCUUCUAAAGCCCCUUUUUAAGUUUUUAGAAAGCUGAAAACUUUUCGACAUAAUUAUCAAUGGAGCGAAAUUGCAUAGAUAACGAAAAAUUUUUUUCCUAAAACCGAAAAAAAGCUGGUUUUUUUCUUUUCAAAUUUCUGAAGUUUUCUUUUUGAAAAAAAUAUCCUUCAUUUUGUCCCAAAAUUACUAGAUAAUCAAAAAUUUUUAAAAAGAGAUCACAAAACCAAAAAAAUCAUUGAAAAAAGGCCAAUUUUCUGCUUAUUUUUCGACGGAAAUCCUUGUUUUCCAAUCCUCUUUUUGUUCCUAAUUAAUGAAUGACGUCAAUAGACGCCUAUAAUUAACCCAUUUUGUAAGGAAUCGUAAUUAGAUUAUCUCUACCGAUGCACUCUCUGGAUACAUUUUUCGGAAGCCGAGAUAGGGUCUAUUCCUGUUUCGAAAAUGUUGAAAAAGUGCGGAUUUUCUACUUUUUCAUAAAAAAAAAAGAAAAAGUCGAGGAAUUUCCACAUGAAAUAUUAGCCGAAAAAAGUCCGAGAAAGCCUGACGAAUGGCUAUUGACAGAAUGAGUAAGCCAAGUUUAAGCUUUUUGCCGCGUUCAAAGAGAUUUCCCCGUUUUUUUUUCUUACUUGGAAACUUGACAAGCCGCGUAAUUGCACGAUUUUUCGAUGUUUAAAAAAAGAUAUAUUAGAAAUGUGUUUCAUUCAAACUUUUUGCUCAAAAAGGUGCAAAGAAAUUUUUUUUAAUAAAGAAAAAUCUCUAAGAAAUCGAAAGUUAUAGUUUUUAUGAUUAUUUUUCUUUGAAGGAGAUUAUCGAUGGAGCAAAGUUUCAUUAUAAAAACGGCCUCUUAAAAAAAAGUUUGUGGUCAAUUUUUCAAAUUUCCAUUCAGCUUCCGAUAACCUCCUAAUGGUUCUAUGUCCGGAAAAUCUACAUUUCAUUUCAAAGUUUUUUUCAUAAGAUGUUAAAAAGUUUUUUUCUUCAUUGGAAAAAUGUGCUCUAAGGGUAAAAUUUUUGUCAUACAUCGGAAAUUUAUCACAAAAAAAUGACUUUUAGGCAAUUUUUUUUUACGAAAUCAUUCCGCAAACAUUACGAUAUUAAACGAAAAAUUAAAUUUACAAUUUUAUAUGAAGUGAGAGAAACUGGAAAGUUCGGAAAGUUUUCAUAAUUUUUUUUUUUGAAGUUUUUUCUACUGAAAAUGUUUCUCUAAUGAUAAUUUUUCUAUCUGGAGGAACUAGAAUCUUGGUAACGCGAACCAGGGGUUUUGGGGCUUUUCUAGUGACCACUUUAGUAGCUUCAGAACUCUUAAGUGAUCCCUAGAACUGUUCAAAAGCGUCCGGUUUUCUUUAAGAAGGUCCAAGAAAUAAAUAAUGAAUAUUGAGUUUUAAAUUUUUUUUUUCCGAGCCAAUAAAAACUCGUUUGAAAGUUUUUAUGUAGCCCUUUUUUAAACUGAAACUGUGGUUUCUGAAAUAUUUGAUUUUCAAAAAUUUUCUGAAGCGGUUUUUACCAGAAAAGUGCGCUCUAUUUAUAAAUCUCUGAUAAAUUUAGUUUGAACGUAACGAGAAACCAACUGAGAUUCACAACUGACGCACUAAAAAAGGAACCAACAAAAAAACUAAACUGAAUUUGAAUGACGUGCAAAAACGACGACCCCAAAAAUAGCUGGACAAUUUCGUUUUCUCCUUCUUUUUUUUGCCACUGUUCCAGCGGAAAUUAAAAAUAAUGAACGUCGCGCUUUUGCUCUUCAGCUAGUUUAUUAGUGCUUCAGUCGUUGAAUCGCAAUUUUCCUUUUUGCGUGAUAUUUUUAUGAAUUGAUGACGUUUGAGUCAAUUUAUGGAAUUAUUAUAGUUUUUUUGCGCUAUUUUAUGAAUUUAGAAGUUUUGUAGGAAAUUUAUUAUUAAACAUACUUUUUCCGAGUCAUUUUAUAAAAUCCUGGAAAAAUUUUUAGUGGCCACUAUAGCAGUCGAAUUAGUGGUCACUAUAGAGGUCUAAGUGCUGCUACUAGACCACUAAAAGUUUUAGUGGCCACUUUAGGGGUCAAUGAAUCAACAUAACUGGUUCAAUUUGUUUGUUUUAAAAUUAUCAGUUACUGGAAGGAAUACUGGAUGAAAAACUACUGAAGUGGCCACUAAAACGGAAAAAAGUGGCCACUAUAGAGGUGGGUUUAGUUGCCACUUUAGUGUCCUCUCCAGGUAGUCCUUGGCGAGCCUCUAUAGUGGUCACUAAAAAUUUUCCCCGUCAUUACCUUUUUUGAGCAUUUUCAUGAACUUAUCGUAGAAUAUUUACGUUUUUCAAAUUAUUUUCCACAGUCAUCUUUUCUGUGAGCUAAUUUUUAUGAAAUUUCUACCUUUUUUUUUUUUCAAUUUUACACUUUUUUGAGUCGUUUCAUAAAAUCAGUACAUUUUUGAGCAGCUCCAUCAAAUUUUCGCUUUUUUUUGAGCAUUCUAUCGAAUUUAUAAUUUUUUCCAGCCUUUUCUUAUAAUUAUUUCUAUUUUUGAGCAUUUUUAUGAGUUCAUCGCUAUUUAGACUCCUUUGAACAGCCUAAAAAACCAUCUGGAGUUUGUUUUUUGUAUAAAAAAGCAGAAUGUAGAGAAGCUAUUGCCUUUGAAAAAAAAAGUGGAGAAAUGAAGUUAUUCCUGCAAUUUCCGCGUUUCUGUCAAUUUCUUGAAUGUUUUUUCUGAGUCAGAGUUUUUUUUUCCUGUGUAAAAAUAGGUAAUUUUAUACUUUUUCCAUUCUUGAUGAAUAAUCUGGAAAAUCUUAUUACGAGAAUAUUUAUAUGACUUCAGAAGUUCUCAAUUUCUAUAAUUGAUUCAAAUAAAUGUUCCGAAAUAUUCAUCGACUUGAUUUUGAUCUGUUACUGGAAUUUCUUGGAUGAGUAUCCUUUUUUUGAUAAUUUGAUGAAUUUUCUUCGAAAACUAUGAUUUGAGUUUUUCAAAAUUUGGGAUAAACAUAACCUUGCUGUUAUACAAACAGUAUAUGUUUUUUUCGAAAUUUAUUAUUUUGAUAUUGUACUUCGAAACUUACAGUUUUGGGAAAAUUUUAAGUAGCCACUAUAGAGGCUCGCCAAAGACAACUUGGAGAGGACACUAUAGUGGCCACUAUUUUCCGCUUUAGUGGCCACUUCAGUAUUUUUUUCAUCCAGUAACUCUGAUAAUUUUAAAACAAAAAUAUUGGACCAGUUAUGUUGAUCCAUUGUCCCCUAAAGUGACCACUAAUGUUAUUAGUGAUCUACACUUAGACCUCUAUAGUGGCCACUAAAAAUUUUCCCAGGCGAAAUUCGAUUUAAUUUUCGAAUGAAGAGUAAUCAAUAAUAUUUGAAGUUCAAAAAAUCCUCAUCAGGAUUCUUAUCUUGUUUUUUUAGAGGUUAAACAUCCAAUGAAUUUUUUUUUCUAAAUUCUAUUUUUCAAGAAAACCCAUUGAUGUCAUUUUAGGGUUUCUAUUUUAUUUUUUUUCCUCCAGUUCAUACCUUAAUUUUAACUUUCAAUCAAUCUUGUCGAGAAAUUUCAUUCAUAUUUUUCCAGAAAUAUUUUUUUUUGCGCAAGAGCUUCUGAAUAUUUAACUUUGUACCCUAUUUAAUCGUUCAUUUUCUUGACUUUCAUUCAAUCUGAUCAGCGCAUCCCAUUCACAUCAUUGUAGAUUUUUUUCGCCCAAGGACUUGUAGCUAUUCAAAUCAGCUCGUUAAUCGAUCCCAUAAUGGUCGUUUUAGAACUUGGAACUUAAUUUCAAGAGCUUCAUUUUGAUUCAGUGUGAUUAGAAGUCUAGAAAUGUUCAUGUUUGGUUGUCUAGUUGUUGCCCAAAAGCGUCUGAAUAUCCGAAUCAAUGCGUCUAGAGAUCCUAUUGAAUCCCUCGAUUUUUAGAUCAAUCUAAUCAACAGAUCUCAUUGAUAUGAUUUCAGAAGUUUUUUCCGCUUUUUGAAUGGCUCUCGAGUGAAAUCGAGCCCUGCUCAAUAAUGAGUUGGGGUCACACGGCGUUUUGCACACAGACUGGCAAUUGUGUUGGAAGCUAAUGAAGUGGGAGUUGGAGGUGGAAGAACAAACGAUUGAGAAAGAGGGGGGAGGAGGACCCACUCGAAGACGAGCGUCUGCGGCUUUCUCUGUCCCUAUUUUUCUACUUUUCCAGUCGAGGGCUCUCAAAACAAUCCGUAGUAGAUAUGGUGCGAAUGGGAUAAAUAGACUGGACAAUUUUAGUUUUUUUUUUUCGGGGUCAAUUAGAACUGGGAGUUGUGAAGCUUGACUGGGAUUUUUUGAAUUCCAAGAAUUAUGGUCUUAAAAGGAGAUUAGAGAAAUUUUAGAGAUUUUCAAUCGAUAUACCAGUUUUUUAGGGUCUUUUUUGAAUAUGGUUAGGAAAAAAGAAGGCUUGAGACCUUGUAGAUCGUGUUUAUGAUUCAAAUGGAACAGACUGAAAAAAUGGUCUGGGAAAAAAAUCAGGCUCGAAAAAAAGAUGGAAGAGCUUUCCAUUGCGAUUUCAAUAGUGCGCUUGAAAAAGCACAGAAAUCUGUAUUCUUCGAUCGAAUCAGAGUUUUAUUUUUGCAUUUAAGCGCAGUCAAAGUACUCGUUUGACGCCAGUUUACAGAAUUUACAGGAAUAUUUACUUGGUAACGCGAUUCGGACGUAUUGUGGCUUUUCCAGUGAGCACUUUAGUAGCUUCAGAACUCUAAAAUGAUCUCUAGAACUGUUCAGAAACGUCCGGUUUCCGUUACCGAGUUCCAAGAAAUAAAUAAUGACUAUCCAAUUGAAAUCAUCGCAAAUCAAUUCAAAAUUGAAGCAGAAUUUUCGAAAAAAAAUUAUCUAGUGAACCAAAAAUACGUACUGAUCUUAAUAAUGAUUUUGAAAAACGGAAUUGAAACAAAUUGGUUCGAAAAAGGACAUUUCCUAAAAAGUGGCACCCACAUACAUCAUAAUAACAAAUUUUUUUUCAAGGCAAAGGAUUUUAUGGAAACACAAAAACAGCAAACCGAAAAAAUUGGGAAAAAAAUGAGAUGAAAAAUCGGAAGAAAUGAGGUUUUUAAAUUUAUUUCUCUAUUUUUUUAUAUUCCGGAAAUGCUUGAAAUAUAUGAUUUUUUUGUGCAGUUUUGAAAGUUGCUUUAUUAAAAAGAAUUUUUUUGAAAGUUUAUUUUUUUCAAAAUAGAACAGGGUAGCAAAAAAAUCUAGGUUUUCAAAAACUUUUUGUAAAUCAUGGAAAAAAAGGCCUCAAAGUUAAGGAAAAAAAUUUGCUCCAUUGAUAAUGAUUGAGAAAAAAAUUAUACACAAAAUGACGAUAAAAAAAUCGUAAAUUUCAUGAUUAAGUCCUUUGUUUCUUGGUCUAUAUUUUUUUGCUACCAAGUUUUUUUCCAUGAUUUUUUUGAAUACACUGAAAAAAGAGCUCCAAAAAUAAAAAAAGUGGUCAUUUUUUGUCACUUUAGGGUUUUUUUGCGAUAUUUUGUAAACAAAAAAAACAUAAACAACUCGAAACCAAUACCUUCCUCAAAAUAAGGGAAAAAGAGACAAACGGUUUCAAUUAAACAAAAUUGAACAUUUGAAACGAAUUUAUCCUCAAUUUUGUCAAUAAGGAUGCGAGAAAAAAGGGCUGAUGUCGAAAAUAAAUGGCCUGGGGCGACGGCGGUUCGCCACCCUCGCAAUGGCUCCCUGGGGAUUCCUGAGGACCUAACACGAAGAAAGUAAUCUUCCUCGUCUUUUCCUUGUUUUUUGGACUAUUUUCCUAUUUCUUUUUUGAAAAAUAUCCAAUAAUCCUUUAAAAUUGGGAUUUCGAUACCGGUAGCUGUGAUUUUUGACGUAAAAGUAUCUAAAAUGAUUUUUUUUUUCCGAAAAGUUUUUAAAUCUUCUGGACAGGUUAUUAAAGGAGCAUAGCCGAAUUUAGAGCAGGCCUUGAAGAGAAUAGCCAUUUUCAGUGCAUUCUUUCGAUUUCAUUUUUGAAAAACAAUCAAAAAGUCCUUACAAACAUGAAUUUCGAUACAAAUAAUUGUGUUUGUAUAGGCUGACGUGAUUAAAAAAAAUUUUCCCCCGAAAAACCGGAAUGUCAGAGUUUUUAAAGGAGCGUGAGCAGGUCUCUAGUUAUUUUAAUGCCUUUUUUUCGAUUUUAUUUUUUUAUAAACAUUCGCAAAAUCUUUUUAAUUAAAAAAAUGGGGCCCUGUUGGAGGAGACCCUGCUUCUCAUCCCGUCCAUUUUUUUGAUUCAAGCGUUUUUUUUAUAAACACGGAGAGGACUAAUUAUCGGUUUUGAGAAUUGUAAACAUUUUUUUCAAGCUUGGAAACAGUAAAGGGUGAUAAAUUGUACACUCCCCGAAAUUCGCCAGAUGGCCUGCGACGCGGUCGCGAAGCGGUCAGAGUUUUGCCUCUUUGCGAAGUUUUUUGUCUUCAACUCCGACAAAAGUUGCAGUGCACCCCGCCUUGUAUCCAGGGGUGUACCCCGUUUAGUUUUAAAUGCCUCUUAAGGUACUUACUCUGUACACUUAUUCAAAGUGGUUCGCUUCCCACUACCCCUAUUUUCUACAGUUUCAUCCUAGGUUGUAACGAUAGCUCAAAAAAAGUUUUAUUUUGGACCGGUUGCCCCAGGGGUGCACGCCAGCCAGGUCCAACGCGGGGUGCACCGAAAGAAAUCAACGAAAAGUUCACAUUUCUCGGGGCUCACUGCGGGUUACAGCCUUGUUUUUGUUAGAGAAGUUUUCGCUAAGCGCCUCUAACAAAAAUGGCGGUGUACCCCGCAGUGAACCCCGAAAAAGGUGAGCUUUUCGUUGAUGUUUGCGCAGCACCCAGCGUUGAACCUGAAUAUGGUGAACCCCUGGGGCGACCAGUCAAAAAUAAAAAAAUUUUUUUGAGCUACCUGAACAGCCUAGGAAAAAACUGUAGACAGUGGUGAUAUUGGGGAACAAACCACUUAGAAUACGUGUACUGAAAAAGUACCUUAAUAGGCAUUUAGAGCUAAACGGGGUGCGCCACUGGUUACACUGCGGGGUGCACCGAGAGUUCGACGCGGGGUGCGCGGCAACUUUUGUUAGAGGCGCAAGUUAAAGCUAUAAUGAUCACAAGGGGUACUCGCCACCAAUAUUCUAUGAUUUGAACCUCGGAAUGAGGUAAAAAUGUUCUUCUGCCCAUAUCUUGAAACUCACUCCUUUCUAAAUCUGUGUUGACUGUUCAUAACAGUAGGGAACAAACUAUUAUUAUUCCGUAGUUCAAUGUCUGAUUUUCAGUGCUAGCCAGUAUGAUGUCCUCGGGAGAGGACGAAGAGCAGCCGGCGGACGGCGACCAGGAACGCACCGACCUCUGGCAGCAGACCCUCCAGGUAUCCCUUCCUUUUUUCCUUAUUUGUUACUUCUAUCUUGUUUUUCUGUUUCAUCUUACACUAAAAUAUUUUUUUGAUCUUUAUUCUCAUCCAGCAUCAUCCAACAGACUUGAGGUAACCAUUUUUGGCUUCAGAAUUUCCUAUUUUCUUCAUUUUCCACACGUUUACAUGUCCUUUAUACAAACCAUAUACGGAAAUAAUUAUAAAAACAUGGAAUUUAUGGGGAAAAAAAGUCAUGUUAAUUCAGAAAAAGUCGUGUUUUUUUAGAUUUUUUUGAAAAAUGGGGGCAGGGGACCUCAAAAAAGUUUUUUUCUUCUUUCAUUAUUCAAAAAAAUCAUUUUUUUGAAAAACGUUCAAUAACUAUAAUAUACACGAUUUGUCUAACUUUAAAAUCUACUCUUUGCAUUUGGAAUGGUUCAACGCGUCGCGGUCGCGCUGCGGUUCGAGAAAAAAUUCAAAUUUUAUGUUGAAGUUCCUUCGCGGAAGUCAUUUCAAGUCGGUCACAAUCUUUUUUUUUUGGAGCUCUAGCAAAAAUAUUUGCAAAGAAGUAUAAUUUGCGGGGGUUUUAUGUAAUUUCUGACUCAAAGCGUACGCAAAAGAUAUAUAACUUUCAAAAAAACGGAUCAAAAAUCAUUUAAAAAUCAGCCUUUUCAUCUUAAAAAUUUUUAAAAAAAGAGAUCUUUUUUUACAAGGACAAGAGUAUACUGAACACGAUACAACAGAAAAAAAUUGAAAAAAAUUCGAAAAACAAAAAAAGUGGAUUUUAUGAGCGGAUUAGACAAAUUUUGAUCAUAAAAAAUCAUUUUAUCCGAUUUUUCAAUCUCAUUGAAAGGUUUCGAGCCAGCUGAAAUAGGAAAAACGCGAAGAAUAAAGAACCAAUUUGAUGGUAAAACGAGCCGGCGGAUUGCCUAAUGAAAUGAAGAACGGGAAAAAUUCAUUAAUAUCCGGCAUCCCCCGUAUUUUUCUUCUCUUCUUCUGCUCUUUUUCUUUUCUUCUACACACAUUUUGUUUUGUUUUUUCCAGCUGCUGAGAAAAUUCUGAGUGGCCACUUAGGGGUUUGCGGCCGCUAUAGAGGUUUAAGUGGUACUAACUGGAAAUCUCUUUAGUGGCCACUAUAGAGGCUCGCCAAGGACUACUUGGAGAGGACACUAAAGUGGCAACUAAACCCACCUCUAUAAUGGCCCUUAUUUUCCGUUUUAGUGGCCACUUCAGUAGUUUUUCAUCCAGUAUUCCUCCCAGUAACUCUGAUAAUUUUAAAACAAACAGAUUGAAUCAGUUAUGUUGAUCCAUUGACCCCUAAAGUGGCCACUAAAAUUUUUAGUUGUCUAGUAGUAGCCUGGUAGACCUCUAGAGUUGAUACUAAUGUUUAACUCCUUAAGUGGCCACUCUUUUGAUCACUAUAGAAGUCGCUAAAACGUCGAAACCCUAUAGUGGCCACUAAAAAUUUUCCCAAUAUUUGACUUUUUUUGAGUUGAGUUUAGUCUCGAAAAGCGGCUGGAUUACCAAUAAGGACAGCUUUUCUCCUUUUGAACAGCAGAAGGUUUAGUUUGCAGCAGAAUUUUUCGACUUUUUUUGUUCUUUUUUUUCUUUUUUCAAAAAUUAAUUCACUUAGCUUUUUCUUUAAAAGCUCUAGAAAAAUUUUUCACCUUCUAAAAAAAUUCCUGUUCAUUCACCGUGUUCAAAGUGAAAAAACUUCAAAGUUAUCUCUGAAUCUCCAAAAAUUUAGUUAUAUUUUUCCACUCUCUGACGAAGUUUGGAGAAUUUUUUUAAAAAAAUACGGACAGGAGCCGAAAAAAACUUGCAAGUGCGCUCUACCGAACAAUUUCCGUACAAUAGGAUAAAAAAAGUCAAUAAUUUUUUUCGGCAAAUACCCAAAUUAUAAGAACCAUAAUUCGGAAACUUUUGUAUAUUAUUAAAUAAAAAAAUAUUUUUUUCAAUAACUGUUUUUUUCAAAAUUGCCUCACAAAAACUCAAAAAUUCUAUGGAAACCUAAACUUUCUGUUUCAAUAGAACAACAUAAUCUCUUAUUUUGUAGAUGCAGUAUUAUGUUUUGCGCUAGUUUAAUAUAAUCUAUACUUUCAAAAUCUAUGAAUUCUCCUCAUAAAAACGGCUUGAUAUUAGCGAAAUAGUAGGGAAAAAUGAGAGAUUUAUGCGCUUCAACUGUGAAAUUUAAGCUUUUCUUUUGAAGACCCAGGAUUGAAUAAUUCAAAGUUUUAGCGGUUUAAAAAAGGUCGCGCGAAGUACGGCUCAUUCAUCAGAAUAAAAAAGUGUGCGACAGACCCGAAACGACUUCCGCGCCUCUUGAAAGAUGGUCAACAGCAAAAUUUGAAUUUCUUCUCGAGCCGCAUCGCGACGCGUUGAGCCAUUCUAAAUGCGACCAGUAGAUUUCAAGGUCAGGCGAAUUGAGUAUAUUAUAGUUUAUUGAAAUUUUCAAGAAAUGCUUUCUUGAAGGAUCAGUGAGCUGUAAUAAAAACGAAUUUGAGAAGAAUGAUUGAUUGUUUUUUCUCGUUUUUUUUUUAUAAAGUUUUUUUGAAACAGCAAUACAGUUGUUCUUAUUAAUCUCAUUAUCAGUUGCAAAGGACCGGCCAAAAAAAUCAAACGAGUUUUUUAUCCUCAAAGGGAGAUUCAAAAAAUUGCUCGUGUGAAGUAUGGCUCACUUAUCAGAAUAGAAAAGAGUGUAACCGGCUUAAAACGGCUUCCGCGCGCUUUGAAGGAACGUCAUGGGCAAAUUUGACAUUUUUCUCGAGCCGCAUCGCGACCGCGACGCAUUGAGCCAUUCUAAAUGCGACCGGUAGAUUUCAAAGUUAGGCGAAUCGAGUAUAUUAUAGUUUAUUGAACAUUUCAAAAAUACUUUUUUGAAGAAUCAAUGAGCUAUAAUCACAGUAGAUUAUGGGGAACUCCAGUAUUGUUUUUUCUCGUUAUUUUUAUUUUUAUAAAGUUUUUUUGAAACAGCAAUAGAGUUGUUCAAAUUACACUCAUUAGAGGUUGCAACUUGCCAGCCAAUAAAUCAAAAUCGAAGAGAUCUUUCCACCCUCCGGGGCUUUUUCAGCGGAACGGGCAGUUGCCCUGUGUGGGAAAACGGCUCCUCGGCCAGAUGUUUUUCAUCCGAUUUCCCCAUCUUUUUUCCCUCGUUCGACGUGAUAUUACAACGGAGUGCGGCCAGAGUAUUUACCCACCGGGGGGAACAUUUUAUCCAUUAAAUUUGAGGACAUUCAGAAUUUUACGCUGAUUUUGAAUAGCUUUUUAGUUUUUUUAUAAGUUAAUAUUGAAGCUUACAGUGAGCAGGAGAAGCUUAAAAAAACGUCACAAAAAAAAUCGACAAGUUUGAACAAAUCCCGUGUUAAAAUAUCCUAAACAGCCGUCAGAGAAAGAAAAGAUAAUUAAAAUUUGGAGAGUCAGAGAAAAUUCCGCGGAAAUUAAUUUGAACUUGGCAUUGAGUAUUUAUCUUGUUCAGAAUUUUACGCUGAUUCCGAAUAUGUGUUCGGUUUCUCCAAAAACGGAGGUAGAAGCUUGUUACAAGCAGAAGAAGCUCAAAAAUGACGUCACUAAAGAUUUUUUCUCAGUUUGAGCGAUAAAUUUGAAGUCAUGUAUUUAUCUCAUUCAAAACUUUAUGCUGAUUUUAAAUCUGUGCUUAGUUCUCUCAGAAAUUGAUAUUGGAGCUUAUUGGGAGCAGGAGAAGCUCAAAAUAACGUCACAAAAAAAAUCGACAAGUUUGAACAAAUCCCGUGUUAAAAUAUCCUAAACAGUCGUCAGAGAAAGAAAAAGAUAACUUUGGAGAAUUUGGAGAGUCAGAGAAAAUUCCGCGGUUUGAACAUGCCAUUGAGUUUUUUUCUUGUUUAGAAUUUUACGCUGAUUUCGAAUAUUUGGUCGGUUUUUCCAAAACCGGAGAUUGAAGCUUGUUAUAAGCAGCAGAAGCUCAGAAAAUGACGUCACUAGAGAUUUUUUCUCAGUUUGAGCGAUAAAUUUGAAGUCAUGUAUUUAUCUGAUUCAAAAUUUCAAAUCUGCAUUUAGUUUUCUCAGAAGUUCAGAUUGAAGCUUGUUAUCAGCGAAAAAAGCUCAAAAGUGAUGUCACGAGAUGAAUUUUUAGAAAAAACGAUUUUUUUUUGAAAUUUUUUUUUCUUUAUUUUUUUUUCAAAUUUAGAUUCUUAGUUUUAAAUUUACUUUUUUAAUAAAAACUCAGAUCUAUCGAGGUUUUAAGAAAGAAUUCGAGACACUGAAAAAUGACCAAAAAAAUUGAGAAAAAAACGCAUAAAUCUUAACAGAUAUUUCUAUUGAAAAAAAUUUAAAGGUUGCUGAAAAAAUAUUCCUUUCUUUCAAAUAAUAUGUAAUUUUCAUUGAAAUCUAGUACCAAGUAAUUUAUAGCUUUGUAGCUUCAGGUAUAGAAUUUACAAGCAAUGAAUCAGAGAAUUUUAAUUUCAGCGUCGCUUCCAAAUUUGAUUUUUUGGCUUCGAAAAUUAUUGGGAUGCUUUGAUGAGAAAAUGAUUCCCUAUGAAAUGGGCCAUUUCGUUCUUUUCACCGCAUAUUUUUAUUUUGUAGUUUCUUGAAGAAGAGAUUUUGGAUGCUACCGAGUAUUUUGAAAUGUUGAUUUUAUUUGUCGCUUUUUCAUGUUUUUCGAGUAGUGAUAGAAAGUCUAGGAAUAAUCCUGGAAAGAUACAAAAAAAUCCUAGACAUUGAGCUGUUCAUUGAGAAUUUUCGUCAGGUUUUGAAUUUUGAGAUUGGUUACCUCAAUUUAGCUUGAAUUUAAAAAUAAACCUUUUUUUAACCUUCAAAAUUAUUUUUGUACUUUAGUCAUACCUCUUUAGAGCUACUGUGCUUUGAGUAAAACUUUGAAUAAAUUAUUUUUUUUUGACGUUUUGAAAAACUUUAUUGAAAAGUAUACAGCAUUAAAAACCGGUUUUCAGCUUAUAAAAGUGUGAAAGCUUCCACUUUUCAACUUUAGCUCUAGAAUUGAUUUGAUGAGCUUGAUAAAAAAAUGCCUGUACAAUUUUGAGAAUCCAAAAUUGAAACUUCAAAAACACGCAAGAAAUUAAAACAUAAAUCCGAAAAAAAUAAAAUAAAAGAUAAAAAAAUUCAAAAUUCUCACUCAUACUUGCAAAAAAUCAAAUUUCCCCCUUUUCCAAACUCCAUCCAGCUUCUUCCCACGAAAAACUUCCUCUAGCUGGAAUUUCUCUGUGUCCAACCCAGUAAGUAACCGAAAAAAGCCGGGAACUCCUUGAGAAGCUGUCAGAAUUCGUCAAUCGAGAAGCCCAUGGCUAGGAAAAAAAGGAAGGGGGGAGACGUCUCGAGGCGAAGACUUCAUUAAAAUGAAUCAAUGUGUGAGUGGGUUCGGCCAUCUUUCGCCCGGAUUCACGUGUUCUUGCAUCGAAAGUCGAGAAAUAGGAACAUUUUCCAAAAAAAGAGAAUCCCAUUGAUUUUAAACUUUAUUUUUUACUUUCUCAAGGUUCUGAAACAAGAAUGUGCGAUAUUUGAUUGGAAUUAAAAGUUGUAUCCAAAAUCUUCGCUGGGCGGUUUAAAGGAGCAUGUGUAGAUUUGAUAAAAUAUCUCGACAAGAAAAUUAGUUUUCAGUUUUCCUUGAAAGGUUGCUUGCACAGAAUCUUUGCAUUAUUUGAAAGCCCCCCGCAUGGCUGACGGGAGGGGGAGGGGGCAUAAUACUAUCAUCAAAAAAAAAUCCAAUUUCAAUGACCUCAUAUGGAAAAUCUACUACGUCGAAAUAAAGUCCAUUUAUGUGGAUUUUUGGGGAUAAUGAAAGAAAUUCUAUCAGAUUGAUUUCAUAAAUUUUCAUGUUUCUUUAUUUGAUUUUUUUGAAACAAGAAUGUGCGGCAGUUUAUUUUGAAUGAGAGUCGCAUCAAAAAUCUUUGCCGGAUGGUUUAAAGGAGCAUGGACAGGACUGAUAAAUAAUUUCGAUGCGAUGAGCCGUUUUUAGUGUUAUUUCGAGUUGUGCAAGGUUUCUACACACAGCCAGGAUUUUUGGACGAACUAUAACAUCUACAAAUUUAUUAAAAACUCAACUGGGAGUAUUUCAACUUUUCUGUAUCUUUUUAAAAUAAAAAUUGAAAGCCUCUAAAAAGUAAACGCUUUUUUCAAAAUUUUUCAAAUUUUCAAAUUUUCAAAUUUUCCAAAAUUUUUAGACACAGCAAGAAUUUUUGGACGAACUAACACCUGCGUCUCGCUAGUCUUUUUUAAAUUUAUCAAAAAAAAAAGAUAGAAAUAUUCCAAUUUGUUUUAUUUAUCAUAUCGGCGCAUGCUCCUUCAAAUCAUCAAGCGAAGAUUUUUUUGAAUGUGAAAAAAAUUUGAAUUUUGAUCGUUGGUCUGAAAAAGUUUUUUUAUGAAAAAAACCCAAAUCAAUAAUACAUGGAAAAAAAGUUUUGAUGUACUUUCAAGGACCUCAUUCGAAAGAUUCGUUUAGUAUUUUUUUUAGUAAAAAGUAUUUUUUUAAUUGCUUUCACUGAAAUCAAUUGUUUGAAAUCACACAAAAAAUAAGGAUUUUGAAACUCAACUUCUGCAAUAUUUUAAACGCGCGUACCUUUCAUAGGUAUUUUUCAGAAGGAUACUUUUUGAUUUGACCCAAUUUCUUGAUAGAAUGAUUUUGUAUUUAUUUUUUAAAAUCAUUGAAAUGAAUUCCAACACUCCGAGAUUAAAAUUGUUUUCAAAACGGCAUAAAGAAGCAGCUUACCCCCCCCGACUACAAAGGCAUUGAAAAAAACGAAAAAAACUCACAAAAAAAUAGCCCCCGCAGCAACUUAGAUAAGACACAAGAACAAAAAAAUCCUACAACAAAAAAAUUUUUAAAAAAAUAGCCCUAAAAGGUUGAGUCAAAUGCGCUCCACUGAUAUUCCACAAAAAAACUCAUUUCGAAUCAAAAUUUGACGUGGUUUAAAAAUAUUGCGAGUAAUUUGUACCCUUUUCUCUGACUAAUAUUGGCUUCGAAUAAUAUGGAAUACAAAUUCAAAUAUUUUUUUUUCCUGGCCACUUUCGGCCUCGCUUUUCAGUUUCACAUCUUUUAUUUUUACCAUUUCUUUUCUCAGUUUUACUUUUUCUGAUUUUAUCCACAAGUUGAUGACUCUUAUGAUUUCGGCUUUUUUGCAGGCAGCGGUGGCGGCGUCGACCUCGACGGACCAGACGAAGAAGCGGCCGCAGCAGCGGAAGCCUCUCCGGCAGACCAACGUCGUCGAGAGGUUCGUUCAUCUUUUUCUUUUUUUCUCUCAUUCUCUCAUUCUCUAAUUCAUUCUUCUUUUUCUCGUAUUCUCUUUUUCUCUUUUUCUCUAAUUCAUUUAUCUUCUUCUCUCAUUCUCUCACUCUCUCAUUCUCUCAUUCCUUCAUCUUUUCAAUAAUAACUGUCGAUAUAUAGUCCGUUUUUCGCGACUUGAAAGGGCGGGACUUCUCUGCGCCCUCCUUAUUUCUCUAGGUCUCUCUCAUGUUCCCGUGCUGUUUCCAUGUCUCUGACAUCGCCGGUGAGGGAACAGAGAGACGCAGACACGCGAAAACUGUCAAGUCGCGACGGAAGAACUGUAGAAGCGAUGUCGCAGGCGACAUCGCGAAAGUCUUGUUUUUUAACCGCACCGGUUUUGCAUUGUAAACACAGACGGAAAUACGUCAACAAUCUUUUUGCAAUUUUAAAUUUUCUGUGAAAAAGUAAUGUAGGUUGCUGUUCUAUUUUUCCAUCACUUCAUUCUUUCAAAAACUUUCAAAUCGUUUGCAGAUUCCAGAGAAUCUCAAAAGCCUUGCAAGUUUUUAGCUCCAUCUUCAAAUCACUCUUUUUCAAGAAAACGUCUGUUUUUUCCAGGUCCGAACGGUCGUUAUUAUGCCUCUCUUUAUCAAACCCUAUACGAAAAUUAUGUAUCGCUAUAUGUGAAUGGAAGUGAGUUUCCCAAUCAAUAUUUCUCUUCAAAAAGGAUUUUAGACCAUUCGAAUUUUUGAUUUUGUUGAUGAUUUGCGCAAAUUGUAUCGCUUUGGCCGUCUACCAGCCAUAUCCAGCACAAGAUUCGGAUUCAAAAAAUACGAUAUUGGUAAGUUUUUUUUUAAAAUUGUUUUUUAAUAGUGCGAUGAAAGUUUGAUAUCUCAUUUGUAGUAAGUUUUGAAGCCAAAGAAACUCAAAUAUGAUUUUGAAUUUCGCGAAAAUCAUUUUGAACGUAGCAUGUGCGAGAGCGUCGCGGUGCAUGCACACAACACACUACACUUUACGAAAAAAAAAAUGGGCGGGGCGUCAUCAAAAAAACGCCGUGCGUUUCUUUUAAGAAACGCAAGCUGGAGUAAGAUUAAAUUAUGAAAAUAAAUCGGGUUCCUUUUUUGAAACUUUUGAAUCUUACCUGCUUGAGAAAUAUUUGAAGAAACCCUCUACGCAAAAAGCGAAAUAGCGUGCAAAAAAGAGAAAUUUAGACGAGGUACCUUUGAAUCAACUAUAAACAUAUCUCUGAAAAAAUCAAUAUUUUCAGGAACAAAUAGAAUACGUGUUCAUUGUGGUGUUCACCAUAGAAUGUGUACUGAAGGUGAUCGCUAUGGGUUUUCUUUUUCAUCCGGGCGCCUACUUACGCAACGCUUGGAAUAUUCUCGAUUUCAUCAUUGUCGUUAUUGGGUAAUUUCUUUUUUUUUUGGUUAUGGUAUUAGGUAACCUAAAUAUGACUGACAAAGUCAUAAGUAUCAGAAAUGGGCUAAAUAAAUUUUCUUUUUCUUUCUUUUCUUUCUUCCUUUUUCAAGCCUUCCAAAUUUUAUAGAGAGUCAAAGGCUCAAAAAAGGUAGGAAAAGGGCCAAUGUAGGCUGAUAGUAGAGCGGAAAAAAUGCAGCUUAAUGGAACCUUUUCGGACCCUUCGAAAACUACAUAAAAAUGGUUUGAGGGGUUUGAAGCUUCUAAUCUUGGAAAAAUAUCAAUUCUUUCCUUUUUUUUCGACUCUGAAGAUCUUAAAACACAAUCCAGCCAGGUUUCAUCGAAAUCCAGAAAAAGUUACUUUGUUAGACUUUCUAUUUUUCGAAUAUUUACUGUAUUUUGAAUGUUUCAGAUUAGUAAGUACGAUAUUGUCGCGAAUGAACAUCCAGGGCUUCGACGUGAAAGCGUUGAGGGCCUUUCGCGUCCUCCGGCCUCUUCGACUCGUCUCCGGAGUUCCCAGUUCGUUUUUUCUUGUUUUUUGAUCCAAAAAUUCAGAAAUUAUAGCAGUUUUGAAGCUAUUUUCCUAAAAACGGUUUUGAAUUUGAAAUAAAAUGAGUUGAAAAAAGCAGAAUAAUGCAUAAUUUGAAAAUCUAACAGUAGAAGAAAGAGUAAAGCUAAUCUAUAAAAAAAAAUUAUUUCAAGUCAACUGAAAAUUUGGUGACCGCAUUUGGAAUGGCUAAACGCGUCGCGGUUUUUGAUUUUUUUCGAUUUUUUUAUGAAGGAAAGGUUAUUUUCUACGGUUAUUUAGGACGAUUAGUUUCAUAAUUUUCUACCGUUUAUUAAAGGCUGUAGAUUUUUUUAAUAGAGAUUUUUCCGCAAUCUUUUGUUGCCUUGAAUGAAAAUAAUCGAAAUCUAACGUGAAUUUAUGAAUUUUCGGUUUCUUGUCUUGUAUUUACGCUUCAAAUUUCAGUUUCAGUAAUUCCGUGUGUAUUUUACGUACUUUAAAAAGAGCAUAUUUUUUUUUCAUCGUCUUUUUUUUCUUCCAGAAUUGAAGUCGUUUUUCUGUUUUUUAAAGCGCAUAUAAUUAAGAUUUUUAGUUGAUUCAUUUGCUCAGGUAGUGUUAUGUUGUAUUAAAAAACAUUUUUAUCGCUUUUUUUGUAAUACGUUUCACGAAGCGCCUUUCCCCAAGAAUGGAAUAUAAUGAACGGUUAAAACUUUUAGGUCUUCAACCUCUUUGGUUUAGGCGUUCAGUUAAGGAUCUGGUAUUAUCACAUCAGUUUUUGCAUAAUAAGUGCUGGUCAGACUCUCACAUCCAGGUACAUAACAUCUUUGACCGUCCCAGUCAGCUCAGAGGAAAUGGUUUUAAAUUAAUAAAAACGAAACCUUCACUGGUUUUCUUCAAUUUCUUAUCACACCGCAUUACUAAUGUUUGGAAUGACAUUGAACAUGAAUUAUUGGCAGAGGAAGACAAGAAAAAAUUUAAGGACAUGUUUUUAGUGUAUGCAGAAGAUGUUGGCGUCGAGCAUAUUCUUUCAAGUGUUCACAGAUUUGUGCCAUGAUCAACUUGGUUUUAAAUAUCUACUUAUUAUGGUUCUAUGUUUCUUUUCUUACACAAAAAACUUUUUUCUUCACAGGUGGGGUUAGUUAAUCCACCUAGUGGUCUUUUUCCUUCCCUGCAACAUCACCAUACCAUCCCGAUGUUGCGAAAAAUAAAACAAAUUGAAGCUUUAAUAGUUUCAAAGUUUCUCGUAAAAAUGGAACAAUAAGCAGAAACAAUUUUUUAAAGUUUUCUUUAUCAAAUCAUAGAAAAGGAAAGAGUGGAAAAAGGCUCCAUAGAAGUUUUCCUUUUAGGGCGACAAAGGCUUCUUUUUUGCUACCUUUUCGCGUCAUUUUCUCAGCCCUUAUGCACCAUUUUUGCUGUCUCUCCCUUUUUCCACCAUCUCUUGAGCUUUUAAAAUCCCAAAAAAAAUGGAAAGCUCCAUGAAGGAACCCUCUUUCCACCUUCUGGGGCCUUUUUUGAACCUUUUGGCGGCCAUUUAUCCACCCUUCCGACUCUGCCCGACAUUUACAGUAUUGAUGAUAAUUUCUCAGGUUUGCAAGUCGUGUUGAACGCGAUUUUGCGUGCGAUGAUCCCGCUGCUGCACAUCGCGUUGUUGGUCCUCUUUGUUAUUUUGAUCUACGCCAUCAUCGGCCUCGAGCUGUUCUGCGGCAAAUUACACUCAACUUGGUAAUUUUUCGGCUUACAAAAGCUUUUUUUUGCAUUCUCUUACAAAAGCUAUGGAUUAAGGGCAAUUUUUUCGAUCUGAGAAGUUUUUUUUUCUUCUCUAUUUCCUAAAAAAAAAUAGACAGUAACUUGAGCACCUCCGUACCUUCCGUACUAUAUAAACAAUCUUACUCUUACAGUUCCCCUAAAUUCCUGAAAAUGAUUAAAGAAACGGUUACAGUAUCGACCCAGCGACCGGCCAACUGGCCCAGAAAGAACCGUCGCCGUGUGGAAAUGUCGGAAGCGCCUUCCGAUGUCAACCGUCCGAUUCUCUCCAAGAGAUGGGCGUCCAUUGGGAGUGUUCCAGCAAUACAACUUGGCCUGGUAGGCGCCCUCCUCCCUGCGUGAGCCUCCUUAGCUCAGUUGGUAGAGCGUUAGACUUUUAAUCUAACGGUCAGGGGUUCGAGUCCCCUAGGUGGCUUGAUGCUUUUUGCACUUUUUUAUUGUCGUUUUGAAUUGAAUUUGAGGUUUCUUUUCGAUAUUGCAGACAUUAUGAUGAGUUUUUAUCAACUAAUUUUGAUUCUUUUAUAAUUUUUUCAAGGUCAGAAAAGAUUUGGAAGUAGAAAUUUCUAGGUUGGCUUUUUAACGAGGCUUCUUCAUUUUUAAACUGUUUUCUUAUUGAGUAUAUAAAAACUUUAGGGCCGAACAACGGAAUAACAAAUUUUGACAACUUUGGACUGGCCAUGUUAACAGUGUUCCAGUGCGUUUCUCUUGAAGGAUGGACCGACGUCAUGUAUUGGGUAAUAUUUUUUCUUAUUCUUGAAAAAAAAAAAUAGAAGGCGAUUUGAAACCAUUCAUGAAAAAAAACCUGAUUUUCAACGUCUUAUUUAAGCAAAAUUUACAGCCUCUAAGCAAAAAGAAAGUUAAGUUAGGCGCAGACUUGUUCUGCGCCAUUUGGGUUUAGGAUGAGUUGGGAAAAAAAAGGGCGUUAUGAUAACUUUUUCCAUAAAUCAAAUAUGUUGUAAAACACGAUUUUGUUUGAUUUUAAUAUCUUUGAAACUUUAAAAUGAAAUUAAUUUUUGAUGAUAAUAUGAAAAAUGAUCUGAAGUUCAUUCACAUCAGUGCAUAAAAAAUCAAGGAUUUUUUUUAGAAAUAUGGUCAUGAAAGGAUAGAGAAAUAGUGUGGCAAAAUAGGAGUUUUAGGAAUAUUGCCAGAGAUGUCAUGAUUUUUAGAAGAACGAAAAAGAAGUUAGAGCAAUUUGAAGUCAUUUUUUUCAAAAUUGAAAAAUUGGGAAAUAAUUUUGAAGAAAUGUCAUUGUGUCCCUUUUUUGUUGUAAUUUUGAAAUUUUUAUCCACUUUCUCCGAUUUUCCAGGUAAAUGACGCGGUGGGCAGAGAAUGGCCGUGGAUUUAUUUCGUCACUUUGGUCAUCCUCGGCUCGUUUUUCGUCCUCAACCUCGUUCUGGGUGUCCUGUCCGGAGAAUUCUCAAAAGAACGAGAAAAAGCCCGGGCGAGAGGCCUUUUUCAGAAGUUUCGUGAGAAACAGCAGCUCGAGGAAGACUUGAAAGGUAACUUUGGAUAGAAUGAAAAAUGAUGAAAUGAAUUUUGACAGGCUAUUUGGACUGGAUCACUCAGGCUGAAGACAUCGAGCCGGUGAACGAAGACGAGCAGGAGGAUGAGCCUCCGCCCCAAAGUGAGUUGAAACGGAAAUCUGGAAAAGGAUAGAAAAAUGAAAAUAAAAGGUAUACAGGUUUGAAAAACUGAAAAAGGAAAAAAAAAGCAAAAUGAUGAAGUGAAAGUUUUUGUAAAAUCGACAGAGGAACGAAAAAGGAAAAAUAAUGAAGUAAGUUUGAAAAAAAUUUUACGUUUGUAAUAUUUCCAUUAGAAGUAUUAGUGUGAACACCAACGAUUCCCCUUUCAUUCAAAUUUUGGAACUCAUGAGAAAAAUAUCUUUCUUUACUUCAUGUAUGAUCCUCUUGCCGCGUCUUCAAAUAUUCUGAUCUCUCUGCCACCCUCUCUUGUUUACGUGCUCUUUUCAGAUGGCUCGAACUUUUUUUUCGAGGUUGGAGUCUGAAAAAACGAUACUCGGAAAAUUGAACAUUUGAAUAUUCGAUUUUGAAAUAGCUCCUCUACUGAGUUCGUGCAAAGAGCAGUGCCUAGGCCGGCAUAUCCCAAAAAAGCUUCAGGCAUCUUACAAAUCAGAGCUUUGUAUUUUGCACUGUAGUUAAUCGCAUUUUGCAUUUUUUUUUUUGUACAGACGAAAAAAGUGCAAAAUGCGAGGUACUUCUAUGCAAAAUGCAAAGCACUUAUUUGUAGGAUGCAUGAAGCUUUUUUGCAGAAUACCGCCAUAGGCACUGCACUUUGCAAAAAUUCUGUGGAACAGCAAAAUCCAUCAAUUAUUUUAUUAACAGUGAGAAAAAGUUCAUAAAUUCCCUUUGAAACAGUAAAGUUUCGUAAAAAAUAAAUAAUAACCGCUACAAGUAAUUUUUUCAUUUUUUUUUUUGCUUUAAUAAUUUUAAUAUUUUUUUGCACAAUAAACUGUUUUUUUAGACACGAUGGGCGAAGAAGCAGACGAAGAAGGAGAGGAAAGGGCAGAAGACGUCAGGCCGAGCAAAUGGGCGGCAAGAAUGAGAAGGUGAGUCGAAAAAUAAUUUGAUAUGUAGAUUCGUUGAGAGUUUUUUCUUAUAAAUUUUUAAUAAAUUUCCUUGAUUUUUUUUAAAUCAUAUAUUUGACCAUUUUGGAGUCCCGAAAACACGGGCAAAGUUUAAAAAAACUAAAAAAUAACCCUUGGAAAAAAACUCACAGGCUGAUUUUGUUUUACCGUUCUCUAAAAAGGUCCUUUUUUAGGAGAAAACAAGAAAACGGGAAAAAAGAAGAUUCAGAGAAACUUUUGACACUUUUUGGGAAAAAAAGGAGCUCUAGAUCCUUCUUUUUGAGUCCUUUUUGAGGCUGUUUUGGACUUUGCCUGUAGAGUGGGAGAAUAAAUUAAAAAUUCUGUUUUUUUUUCAGUUGAUUCAGUUUUUGAAGUGCUUUUUCGUUUGUCAAGGACCCGACUCUUAAAAACUUUUCGAAUUAAAACGUAAAUUUUAUCGCUCUUUACAGUUUCAAAAGCCUUGAAAAUCGAAACCCCGGCUGACUAACUACUAAUAUCAGUUUCCUUGUCUUGUCCAAAAGACUUUAACACGCUGUCGCUGUAAUUCUCAAAAAAAAACAACGAGUACAAUAAAAAAUUUAAUUUUUUGAUUCUGAUGAAAUUGCAUCCAGUGAGAUAACCCAUUAUCAGAAAUGCGGGCCCAACUUUUUGAGCCAUUUUCUUUUACUGUAGCCGGGUUACGGUAGGCAAGUGGACACCUGCGUAUCUAAGUAUUGAAUAGUUUUUAUUAGGCAAGUGAUAUAUCAAUCGAUAGGUACUCCAACUUUGAAGUCUGCCGAGUCAGUUUUUCGGCCACCACGAGCUUGAGCCGCGAGAUCCAUAAAAGUACCGUAACUCAAAAUUUUUCCACCGUAACCCAAGAUGGUAUGUACUGUAAAAGUUAUUAAAAUUGGAUUACCUACCGAUUGAUAUAUCCCUUGCUUAAUAAAAACUAUUCAAUACUUAGAUACGCAGGUGACCACCUUCCUACCGUAACCCGGCUACAGUAAGAGAAAAUGGAUCGAAAAGUUGGGUCCGCAUUUCUGAUGAUGGGUUAUCACACUGGAUGAAGUUUCAUCAGAAUCAAAAAAAUUAAAUUUUUUAUUGUACUCGUUUUUUUGAGAAUAACGGAGACAGCGUGUUAAAAAUCUAGAUCGGGGGCAACCAGUUUUUUUUUCUCUUACUGUUUGAAAGAAACUGCAGAAAAUAGAAAAUUUUGAACAUUUUCAGAUUGGAAAAAUUGAACCGACGGUGCAGAAGAGCGUGUCGUCGGCUGGUCAAGAGUCAGACGUUCUAUUGGCUCGUCAUCCUUCUCGUGCUGCUCAACACCCUCGUGUUGACAUCGGAACACUAUGGGCAGAGCGAGUGGCUCGACCAUUUCCAAAGUUAGUUUCCCACGGACAGUAUUGUCUUCGAAAACUUGAAUUAAGGAUUCCAGAGUGGUCCCUAUAGGGGUUAGGGAGGAAAGCAACUCUUAAUGUAUUCUGGAGUUCCUAAGAAGGAUUUCGCCUUUAUAAUUAUAGGAGCCGAAAAAGUAGUCUCUUCAGGAAAAAAAUUAAGCUAGUCCCUUUAGGGGUGUAGCGUCUGACCCCUUAGCCCCUAAAGCUCAAGUGGACCCUAUGGGGGUAUUUAAAUUCCAUUCAAAAAAUGCCUGUUUUUCAGUUUUUCCCAUGAAAUUGCUUCUUCGCUUACAGUUCGAAACAAUUAUUAAGCAGCAUACCCCCUAUAGGGACCACUUUUGCACGCUUCAUUGGCCAUUAUAGGGUUCUUUCUAAGGUUGCCGCUAUAGGGACCACUCUGGCGCUCCUAAGGGCGAUUUUUUUGAAAAAUAGCCGAAAAUUCCUUGAUGAUCCUGAAAAACUCAAUCUUUUCUCAAUCUUCUAGUUUUUGAGGAAAGGCUGGAAUUUUCAAAAUAGCCGUUUCAACAUAGUUUUGAUUUAAUCGGAAAACUCGAAAAGUUAGGUACCGAAAUUAAAUGAUUUUUUUAUAAGGCUAGAAAAAUAAUCGAUUAACAUUAAAAAUAAAAAAAUCUUUCCAGUUACAAGGAAACUUUUUAACAAGCUGUUGAAAAAAAUUUAGUUUUACUUUGAAUUGUGAAAUAUAUUUCUAAAAAAAUAUCGUGUUUUCAAAUUUUUUUGAAGAAUAAUCUUUGCUUUUUUUCCCGCUAGAGUUUCACUAUAAUUAAAUGAAGGAGCAUUAUUAUAUUUUUUUGGGGGAAACUUAAAAAUUUUUUUCAGAGGAAAUUAUUGUGAUUGUUUUUUUUUAAAUACUUUUAAAAAGGAAAAAAUUAUAUGAUUUUUUUCCUUUUCUGCAACUUGCUGAGCUGCUGGGACAAUUUUUAGUGGCCACUAUAGAGGCUCUCCAAGGACUACUUGGAGAGGACACUAAAGUGGCCGCUAAACCCACCUCUAUAGUGGCCACUAUUCUCCGUUUUAGUGGCCACUAUAGAGGUUUUCUAUUUAGUGGCCACUUCAGUAGUUUUUCAUACAAUAUUUCUUCCAGUAACUCUGAUAAUUUUAAUACAAACAGAUUGGACCAGUUAUGUUGAUCCAUCGACCCCUAAAGUGGCCACUAAAGGAUUCAGUGGUCUAGUAGUAGCACUUAGACCUCUAUAGUGGCCACUAAAACUUCAAAACCCUAUAGUGACCACUAGACAUUUUCCCAAUGUACCAAAAAAACUAUUAAAACCUUCGAAUUUUCGAAAAGUCUACUUUUUACAUCUGCUUUUGUGUUUCAGCCAUGGCGAAUCUCUUCUUCGUGAUCCUGUUCUCGAUGGAAAUGCUCCUGAAGAUGUACUCGUUGGGGUUCACCACCUACACCACGUCGCAGUUCAAUCGCUUCGACUGUUUUGUUGUUAUUAGGUCCGUUUUCAGAUAAUUACAUCUUUUGGCUUUACUUCCCAGGGUUUAUAGGAGUCUUAUAGAGGAAAUAGUUUAAAAAAAAGUACAUUUCCAGUUCAAUUAUCGAAUUCGUUUUGGUCUACUUCGAUCUGAUGAAGCCUCUCGGCGUCUCCGUGCUCCGGUCGGCACGUCUUCUCAGGAUAUUCAAAGUCACAAAGUUGGUUGAAACAGGGAAAUCAAACAAAAAGAAGGCGAAAAUUUAAAAUUCUUAUACAUUUAUUCAUUCAAUAAAGUUUCAAAGCAUGAAAAACGAUAAAAUUGUCGAAACUGCACAUUUUCGAAGGGGUCCCUAUAGGGUUCUGUUUAUUUGAGGACUUCUAUAGGGUCAUUUUAAUGCUCCCAAUAGUGCUCUGAGCGGUUCAUUAAAACCCUGAAGCUUUAGGGGUCCCUAUAUAGCUCAGGGGUCCCAAUCGGGAGGCCUUAGGGUUCUCUAGUGCACUCCCUAUAGGGACCACUUCGAAGUUUCUCAUAGCUAUAAAAAAGAGAAUAACUGGGAAAGUUUUUAUUGGCCACUGUAGUAGUCAGAUUAGUGGCCAUUUUAAGGGUCAAUGGAUCAAGAUAACUGGUCCAAUCUGUUUGUUUUCAAAUUAUCAGAGUUACUGGAAGAAAUACUGGAUGAAAAACUACUGACCCCACUAAAACGGAAAACAGUGGCCAUUUUAGUGUCCUCUCCAAGUCGCCCUUGGCGAGCCUCUGUAGUGGCCACUAAAAAUUUUCUCAAAACGUUAAAAAAAGGUGAGAAAAUUGCAAAAAAGAGGUUCACGUUUGAAUUUUCGUUUCCCGCCAGAAACCGCGUCGCGUACGCAACGCAUCACCCUUGCUAUCUACCCUUCUCGCCUUUUAAGUCGGGAAACAUUGACUAUACUCCAAACACAGCAUUUUUUCGUUUCGAGACCCUUCAAAAGGAUGAAAAAACGAAAAUGGGCCUCCAAACGAAGUAGACAGGUUUCCUGACAUACAACCUGAUGUAAAUAACUUAUGAGAAGUUUGAAGGUUUCUAUGGCUUUUUCCAGAUACUGGACAUCACUUCGAAACCUCGUCUCCUCGUUGCUCAACUCCCUCAGGUCCAUCAUGUCCCUUCUCCUGCUGCUCUUCUUGUUUAUUGUUAUUUUCGCCUUAUUGGGCAUGCAGGUGAGACCAAUUAGAUCUCAGAAAAGAUCUGUCCACGAUACCGUAAUCCACCGUAAUCUCUUCAGGUGUUCGGUGGCAAGUUCAACUUCAACCCACAACAACCCAAACCACGAGCCAACUUCGACACGUUCAUCCAAGCGCUCUUGACUGUGUUCCAGGUACGUUCCUGUUACAGUAGGACAGGUUACAGUAUGCUUUUCAGAUUCUCACCGGUGAGGAUUGGAACACGGUCAUGUACAACGGUAUCGAGUCGUUUGGCGGCGUUGGAACUCUCGGCGUCAUCGUUUCCAUUUACUACAUCGUCUUGUUCAUCUGCGGUCAGUUUUUGUGUAGAAUGAGCAAUCAAAACAUUAAGAUGAGCAAUAACGAAGCUUUGAGAAAAUUAAAAAAGGCAACAAAACAAAAAUUGUCGAAAUUUUUUGCUUCCACUAUAGUAGUUAAAUUAACGGCCACUUAAGGGGUUAAAAAUUAGUGGCCACUAUAGUGGUCUAAGGGCUACUACUAGACCACUAAAAGUUUUAGUUUUAGUUAAAAGUUUUAGUGGCCCCUUCAGGGGUCAACGGAUCAACAUAACUGGUCCAAUCUGUUUGUUUUAAAAUUGUCAGAAUUACUGGAAGAAAUAUUGUAUGAAAAACUACUGAAGUGGCCACUAAAUAGAAAACCUCUAUAGUGGCCACUAAAACGGAGAAUAGUGGCCACUAUAGAGGUGGGUUUAGCGGCCACUUUGGUGUCCACUCCAAUUAGUCCUUGGCGAGCCUCUAUAGUGGCCGCUAAAAAUUUUCCCAGUAAGUUCGAAAUCGGAUUCUUUCACGUCCACUAUGAAUUUUCAUCAAAAAAGCGGCAACCGACUUGAAUUCUGAAGAAAUGGUUCGAUUUUCCAGGUAACUACAUCUUGCUGAAUGUCUUCUUGGCUAUCGCCGUCGACAAUUUGGCUGACGCAGACAGUUUGACAAACGCAGAGAAGGAGGAAGAACAACAAGGUGAAAAUUUCAAAAAAAAAAGCAACUUUUUUUUGAGUAAUUUCUUUACUCCGUGUUUCCAGGUCUUACUUAGGAGCUCCAGAGUCGUCCCUAUAAGGGCAACCUUAGAAAGCCCUCGGAGGUCUCUACGGACCACUUUACCGACCUCCAUAGGUGUCACUAAAGCUUGCAAAAGUGGUCCCUAUAGAGGUUUUAGUUAGUGGCCCCUUCAGGGGACAUUCUCGUCGGAAAUUUGGUUGAAUUAUAUGCGAACAAGCAUCUCCACGCGAAAAACUGAAUAAAUAUGGGCGUUUUUUGAACAAAAUUGGAAAACCCCUAAAAGCACCACUUGAGCUUUAGGAGUUAGGGAGUAAGGUGCUAAACCCCUGAAGGGACCACUUUUCGGUCCUCAUAAAGACUGUUUUUCCUCCUAACCCUUAUAAGGAUCAUUCUUAAACUCUUAAUUAAUCCCUUUGAGAAGCUCGGAAUUUCUUCGUAUUUUGGAUUCAAAAGCAGCCUGAAACAUUAUAGUUAUGGUUUAAAGAUAAAUGUUUUUUUGUUUUGAUGAAAAAAAAAAAUAAAAAAUUCUUCCAACUGCAAGGCUUGUGACCUUUUAUGAGCCUUUUUUGAUAAUUUUUAUUAUUUUUUUGUACCUAGAACUGGAAGGAGAAGAAGAAUACGAUGAAGGGGAAGAGAAUUAUGACGGAGAAGAACGGCUUGACAUGGAAGAACAGGACGGCGGCGAGGAAAUCGUCACGGCCAGGCCAAGGAGGUACAAAAGUUUUGAAAAAAAUGAGAAAAAAAAACUGUUUUUGCAAAUCAAUUUUGAUUUGUUCUCAGAGAAGGUUUGUUUAAUAAUAUAUAUUUCUCAGAAUGAGCGAACUUCCAUCGACGAACGCAGCGAAGCCGAUUCCAAAGGCUUCUUCUCUUUUCAUCCUCAGCCAUACCAAUCCGUUUCGGUAAUUUUUCAUGUUAUUUUGAAUGAAAAAAAAACUUGAUUAAAAUUUUUCAAAUAGAGUUUUGAGAAAAUUUCGAACAAACGCUCUUUGAAUGUUUAGAUAGAUAGCCGCUUUCUGAGAAGUUUUUUUUGUUAUUUUUUCUUUUCUAAUUUUUCUUAAUCUUUUUUCUUAGUAAGAUGUGCAUUUUUGAGGUUUAUAUAGUCAAUGUUUCCCGAUUUGAAAGGCGAAGGAGGCGGGCAAGGGGCGGGACGCGCAGCGUUUGCGUACACGGUUCUUGACGCCAGUUUAAUUCAACCGCCAGCGACCAUUUGGAGAGCUCGUUUAUAGCUUUUUUCACUCUUUUUUAAAUUAUUUAUGGAUAAUGUUCAUGUGUGCAUCAAAAAUAGUAGAAAAAACAGAAAAAGAGCGGUUGCCGAGCUUUUUAAAUAGCCUGCGGCAAUUGAACUGAACUUGUGUCAAGAACCGCGAACGCACACGCUACGCGUCCCGCCCCUUGCCCCGCCUCCCUCCCCUUCCAAGUCGGGAAACAUUGACUAUACCAUAGAAUCGCACCUGGAACACAUAUUUCGGAACUUUUCAUUACAUGUAGACAAAAUUCAUAUGAAAUAGAAGUUUGACCAUAAAUCAUGUAGAUCUGCAUCUUCAGAAGAUGAUCGAACAAAAUCUCAGAAAAUUUCAAACUCAAAAUGACUUGGAAAAAAUUGCUCUGAGUCUUGAGCUUCUCUUGCAUUUAGCAUAGCCUUUUUUAAAACUUUUUGCCGCCCAAGUCAUGCCGCUGACUGGUGAAGAUUAACCAGUAGGGGAUCAAUCAGACUACAAGCCUUUUUUUAAAAAUUUCUAAAUUAUAAGUAUAGUCUGUCCAGAUUUUUUUAAUGUCAAGUGCAAUGACGUCAUUCAAAAACACUCUGUGGAUGGCUCGCUCUCUGAUUGGUUUAUCGCGCCAUUAGGGGCGGAGCUUGAGCGACGACUUGACAUUCAAAAUCUGAACAGACUUUUCGGAAUUUUCAAAAACACUUGGAAUCGAAAAAUUUUCAGUGUGUUUUGCAACAAAAUCGUCAAUCACUCGUACUUUACCAACUCGGUUUUGGUCUGUAUUUUGGUCUCAUCUGCCAUGUUAGCCGCCGAGGAUCCCUUGGAAGCCAAUUCCAGCAGGAACACGGUAAAAACUUUAAAAAAAGGAAAAUGAGCGCUUUUUUUUAGAUUUUGAACUAUUUCGACUACUUCUUCACGUCGGUUUUCACCGUUGAGAUCACGCUGAAAGUUGUCGUGUUUGGACUCGUUUUUCACAAGGUUUGUAGGGUUUUCUUAAUUAUUUUUUCCGAUAGAUUGGGAUUUUUUUGAGAAUGAACAAAUAGAAAUCUCUUUAGGGCUCAUUUUGUCGCAACGCCUUCAACCUGCUCGAUAUCCUCGUCGUCGCCGUCUCUCUCGUCUCUUUCGUGUUGAAAUCCGACGCCAUCUCCGUCGUCAAGAUCUUACGGUAACCUGGUUACUGUAGGAAGGAGAUAAGUACUGUGGCUACAGUGUCCUUCGAGUGUUGCGUCCUCUCCGUGCCAUCAACCGAGCAAAAGGCCUCAAACACGUCGUCCAAUGCGUCAUCGUCGCCGUGAAGACUAUCGGAAACAUCAUGUUGGUCACCUUCAUGCUUCAGGUAGAUCCUUUUACAGUUUCAAAAAGAUGGUUAAAUGAAUCUCGCUAAAAGUUGAGUCUUUAACUCUGUAUGCCCUUUUCAAGUUAUUUACGCCAAAUUCAAAAUUUUCUCGAACUCUCCAAAGUUUAGUUGUCUUUUUCAUUCUCUGAUGGCUAUUUUGAGUUCCGCGGAAUCCCUUUGGACAAGGCUUCAAUUUUUGAAUCUUUUGCUAGUCAAUUUUAUGAUUUUUUGUUGGUUUACAUUCGGCUCCUUUUUCUGAAGAAAGUUUAUACGGUUAAAUAAAAAAACAUCUUGGAAACUAUUUUCUGCGCAUUUUUUGCCUGAGCUACUGAGAAUAAAAUUUAAAGACGGUCCACAAAACAAAAUAGGGAGGAGAAGUCUGACCCCUAGGGCUCUAACGCUUGAUUGGACCCUAUAUUGAUCUUUUAUUUGUUUCUUUCUGAUCUGAGAAUCGAAAAGAUGUAUUAAAAUGACGCAUAGGGCACGCUCCCCUGGAGCGAUCAAUCAAAACCCUAGAGUGCUCGCUUUUGCAAGCUUUAUUGUCCAUAUAGGGGAGGUGAUCCUUUGAGAGGAACCUAAAACGGCCCCUGGGAUCGCCUCUAGGGGCCUCUCAGCCGUUGUCUAGAUUAAUAAUAGAAUUAAUAAAUCUUUCAGUUCAUGUUCGCGAUUAUCGGCGUCCAGCUGUUCAAGGGGACCUUCUUCUUCUGCAACGAUCUCUCGAAAAUGAGCGAGGCUGAGUGCAGGUUCUUUUUUUGAGAUUUUCAAAAUCAUAUCGAUUUCUUUCGCAAAUGGUUUAUCAUAUUGUCGAAAUAGGAACUUUUUGAAUUUCGUUUCCAAUCAACUUGUCUUUCUUGGACGAAUGAAAAAAGUUUUAUCAAUUUUUUAAAAUCAUAUUUAAUAAUUAUCAAUAAUUUUCUAACCGAAAAACUGAAAUCUAAUGAAAUUUUUUUAAACAGAAAUCCGUCUAGAUAGUUUUUUGCAUUUUCUUAAUUCAACGUGAGAAUUUUUAGAUACUCAAAAACGCCAAAGUGGUCCCUAGAGGGGCCGAAGGGUCAGAGACCCCUAUAGGGGCUGCCUAAAUUUUAUCCUCUAACACUAUGUUGUGACUUUGUGAACCCUGUAGGGGCUGUUUCUUUUCUAAACCCUCUAGGGAACACUCUGGCGUUCUUAAGUACGGCGCCUUUCGAAAGCUGAUCCCACAUAGAUGAUAAAAGAAAAAGCUCUUAUUUUUUCAAAACCUUGACAAUUUGAAGAGGCGAGUACAUCCACUACGAGGACGGCGAUCCGACCAAGCCAGUGUCGAAAAAGCGCGUCUGGUCGAACAACGACUUCAACUUCGACAACGUCGUCGGCGCCAUGGUUUCCCUCUUCGUCGUCUCCACCUUCGAAGGAUGGCCUGAGUCAGUUUUCGACUGGAAACAAAGAAAUUUCAACUUCUUCUCCGUCAUUUCAUUCAAAAAUAAUUGAAAGAAGUACGGGUUACUGUGGAACUUCCAAGUUAAAAGGGAAUUUCUUAGUCCCCUCUUAAACUUUAGAUGUAGUAAAAAAAUGGAAUGUAGUAUACUGUAGGUCCUCCUGACUCCAAAAGGAGAAAAUUAAUUCUAAACUCUUCCAAACCAAGGCGCGAGUCGAAAAAACAUUUUCUCUCUCUUGUAUCAGAAGGCUCUGAAGUAGAUAGAUGAUAGCACGGUUUCAUCAAAAGUUCUUCCGUGACUGGAAAAACUGCCCUUAUUCUCGAGAUCUUUUUUGCUUCGUAUUUCCAGAGUGGUCCUUAUAGGGGUUAGGGCUUGUGCCUCAUGCCGGGCGGUGCGGGCCGGUCUUUCCCGGGCUUUGGGCUUUAUUUUGAGAUAAAAUUUUUUUUUCCUUCAAUUUUACAAGUUCCUCUGUAUUCAAAGACAAGAACGCUAUCUAAUUUUUUUCAUUUCAUCUUUAAAAAUUAUACGAAACUUUGUUUGUAGUUUGCUCUACGUCGCGAUCAAUUCGAACGAAGAAGAUCGGGGUCCUGUACAUAAUUCUCGACAAGCCGUCGCCCUGUUCUUCAUCGCCUUUAUCAUCGUUAUCGGUUUCAGAAACAUUUAAAAUCUGAUUUUUCAUUCCCGAAAACUUCAGCCUUCUUCAUGAUGAACAUCUUCGUCGGUUUCGUCAUCGUCACAUUCCAGAACGAAGGAGAACGCGAGUACGAGAACUGCGAGUUGGACAAGAACCAGGUCAUUUUGUCGGCGAUGAUACAAAGGGGGCGCUAGGUGGAUUAAACACCCCACCUGUCAAGAAAGAUGAACCAAAAGAAAAAAAUAGAAAACUUCUUUAUUAAAUUAGAAAAAAAGUCUGAACGAGCUCAAGUGUUACAUUAUAAUCUUCAUGAUAAAUUAUGAAUUUAUUCGUAUUUUUUUGAUGAAUAAUAUUGCAUACUGAUAGAGUGGACACUAAAAUAAUCAGGAAUUUUUUCAAAAGGGAUUUUAAAGGUUUCAAAUUUCAAAGUUUGUUCAAAUACGAAGCUUUUUUUGCUUUUUCAAGAUUUUUUUGAACUUAUCCUUAAAAAAAUAAUAUCAAUCAAAAAAACUAAAUUUUUUUAAAAAAUCAAUAAUUUUCAGAGAAAAAUGUAUCGAGUUCGCCCUGAAGGCCAAACCACAUCGGCGUUACAUUCCAAGGAAUCGAUUCCAGUACCGAGUUUGGUCAGUUCUAAAUUUAUGAGCUUGAUAUUAUUCAAUAAAAAAAUGGGAACUUGAUUUUCUUUCAGAAAAAACAAUUUUAUGAGGUUUUUUUAAUUUUUUUUGAAAUUCGUUAGUUUCCAUCACACACGGAACACAGUGGAUUUUGUCGUCUCGAAACCGUCUAACCUGUCGGCGCUCUCUUUUCUCUCACUGAUAUGCGCCCACGGCGUUUUUUUUAGUGCGAAACCAAAAAUUUUCUAUUCUGUAUUUUCAUUUUUGUGUGUUGAGUGAGAUAAAUAAAUGAAUAAAUAAAUAAAAAAUGGAAUGGGCGGAGUUAAAACCUCUGCCGUUCCCAUGUGACGUCAUGGGUAACAAGCGUAGGGAAUAUUAAAGGCGCAUGUUCAGUGGGUCAUGAGACGAAUCGAUUUUUAAUUUUAAAAAAAGGUGAUUUUUCUGUUUUCGUGUUUAAAAGGAAACCGCGAACUUCAAAAUAACCGCCAGUGAGUGGAAAAUAUAACUGAAUUUCGGAAAUUUAGAAAUGAUUUUGAAUUUCGCGAAAAUAACUUUGAACACAGCAUGUAUGAGAGCGCCGCAGUGCAUGCACACGACACACUACACUUUACGCAAAAAAAAAGAUAUAAACGGACGUUGUCAAAAAAACCGCCGUGCGUCAGUUUCACGUGCGGAAAAUUCAGAAAAAAAAAGAAUUUUCGCAGGUGGUUCGUGACGUCACGAGUCUUCGAAUACGUCAUCUUCCUGAUCAUCGUCAUGAACACCGUCUCCUUGGCCUGCAAACAUUAUCCAUCUGGCCCGGUUUUCGAACACGCCCUCGACGUCUUCAACUUGAUUUUCACCGGAGUUUUCGCCUUCGAGGCCUUUUUCAAGAUCAUCGGUGAGAUUUCUGACUUGAAAAAAGUUGAAAAAUUUAUUUUUUAUAACUAAAAUAUUCAUUAUCAAUGAAAGGCAUUCAAACAGACAUUUACGGCAUGCUGGAAAAGUCGGUCGGUCGGUUUGGAAAACUAGGCCACGCCGCAAUACUGCUCCAUGGAAUACGUUGAAUUUCCAACCGUUUUUUUUUUCUGAACUUUUCUUUCUUUUUAAAUUUUACCGAGAAGGUUUUCGCUUAUUUUCAUUCAACUGUAUCGUUCUUGCGAGUAAAAUACGAUGGUUAGUACAUUCAAAAUUAUAAACUGAUUCAAUUUUUAAAAAUUCUUAUUCUUUUUUUCGGAUCCAAAAUAACUUCACAUAACCAAAUGAGCGAAAUUGAAAAUCAUAAGAAAUCGGAAAAUGAAAUGUGUAAAAUACACACAAAAAGGCAAGAAACAAAAUUAACUCUAACAAAAGGUAAAACAUUACCGAAAAAAACUAUAAUAAAUAAGUAACAGUUUAGUUUGAAGUGAGGAGCAUGUGUCCCAUAUCCUAGAAAACUGAUGAAAAGGAAAGAAAUUAUAGAAAAAAGAAAAAAAUCGGAAAUUCGAUUUUUCAUGGAUCAAAAUUACGGCGUGGCCUAGUUUUCCAAAUCGACUGACCGACCGACUUUUUCCAGCAUGCCGAAAUUUACUGCCAAUUUUUUUAUUUCGAGAUAUAAUCGUCUUUUUGAAACAGGCAUCUAAGGAAAUCGUUCUUUAACCAAUUUUUUUAAGUUUUUGAUAAUCUUUUUUUAAAAUGAUGGUUAGAUUUCGAACCACAACCCCAAUUUUUUUGAAAUUCGAAAUCGAAUCGUCUUUGAUAAUAGAUGUAAUGUUUUGAUUUUUAAUAUAAUAUUACUGAAAAAAAGUAAAAACACACUUCAGGAUAUUUUAUUCAUUUUGCAGCCUUGAACCCGUGCAAUUAUUUCGGAGAUCGGUGGAAUUUGUUCGAUUUCAUCAUCGUGUUGGGAUCGUUCAUCGACAUCAUCUACGGAAAAUUCAGUCCUGGAGGUAACAGUUUCAAAAUCCUUAAGUGGCCACUUCAGCCUUUGUUGAAAUGUUUGAAAAGUUUAUUUCGCUCACAGACACUUCUUGGUGUAAACAUUUAUAAAAAAAUAUGAAAUUUUUACUGAUUUUUUUUUAAAGUCGACGGGAAUAAUCUACUUAAUGAAUAUGAUAAUUUCAGCCGCUAAUUCGACCAAUAUAGUGGCCAAAAAAACCCUAGAGUGUCCACUAAUAAUUUUCCCAGUAAGUCGAAUUUGGCAAAAAAAAGGUCAAACGUUCUCUGGAGGUUCAAAAGUGCAUCAAAAAAACUGCAUUUUGCGAAAUUUCUAGACGAAUAGUCUUUUUUUAGGAGUUUUUUUACCUGAGAAAAAAAUCGGUCGAAACAGCCUUUUUUUGAAGUUUUCAAAAUUUAAAACCUGAAAGGUCAUUUCAAAAUUUUGUGAAACCUUUUAGUUUGUAAAAUUUCGAAAAACUUCAUCUUUUGCGAGCUUUUUUUACUUAGUAUUAUCUAUUAGAUUCUCCGAAAGAUUGAAAAAGAAUUUUACAAAAAUUUGCAGGAACGAACCUGAUUUCGAUCAACUUUUUCCGGCUUUUCCGUGUGAUGCGGCUCGUGAAGCUGUUGUCGAGAGGCGAAGGAAUUCGAACCCUUCUCUGGACCUUCAUGAAGAGUUUUCAAGUAAAAUUGGAAUAAAAUAAAAUUCUCAAACUUUUAUUUGCGUUUUCAGGCCCUUCCAUACGUCGCCCUGCUCAUUGUCCUCCUGUUUUUCAUUUAUGCCGUCAUCGGGAUGCAGGUAAAAGCUUCUUUUUAAUUUAUUCUCAUUUUUAAAUUGUCUUUUGAAUUCAAUAUUUUGGUUUAUGUUGACAGGAUAACAGUAAUGGGUCUAAGAACUUUUUUGGACCAGACUUUUUUUUUCUUUUUUCCUAUUUAGCGAUGGUUAAUAGAAACAGAAAAUUGUUUUGAAUUCAUUUUUAUUGAUUUCCAAAAACAGGAAAAUAAUUUUGUUGAUCGAAACACUUUUUUCAUAACCUUAAUGUUUCUUUCUUUUUGAUCAAAUAGUUUUUUUUGAACCAUUCUUUUUUUUUUCUUUUUUUGUUCUCUUAUUCCGCCUGAGGAUCAGCUCUCGUUUUUUUUUUCCUAUAUCUAAAAGAACGGAGUAAUAUUUUUAAUAUCGUUUCAAUUAAUUUAUGAUAAGAGGGAAACAAUGAUGUUGAUAUUGAAAAUUUAAAUAAAUAUCGUUGGCAGCUUUUCUGACAUGAAGCGCCAAAAGAGCGCCACAACUCUUUCUCUGACACACACUAUUUCGUCGUUUUCUCGCAGCUAGAUAACGACGAAAUAGUGUAUGUCAGAGUAAUAGUUGUGGCGACCUUUUGGCGCCCCAUGUCAGAGUUCUUCUCGUGUGAAUAUUUUUUUUUGAACCAGUCCUUUUUCUUUUUUUUAUCCUGUGUGAUUGAAAUUUGAUUCGGCUAUUCACAAUCGUUUUUUGAAUAAGCUCCUAUUUUCUACAGAAAUAAGUAACAGUAAUGUUAGAUAUUGGUUCUCAAUUAUCUUCUCGAAAAUUUCAAAGUUUUCUUGAACUUAUCCCAUAUUUUAUCAAAUUUUCUAGAAAAAUGAAUUGAAAAGAAAAUUCCAAAAUUCAAAUUUUGAAGCGUUUCGAAUCUAAGUGGAAAUUUAUACAAGCCUCACUACUUUUUUUCUGAAACUUGAAAAAAAUUAAGAAUUUUUUUGGAGUUUCAAUAACUUUGAACCUAUUUAUGCCAAAUUUUUUAAUUUUUUAAAAAUGUUUUUAUUUUUCAAAGCUAAUUUUAUUUGAUAUUAUAGGUGUUCGGAAAAGUGGCGCUGGACGAUGCGACUUCUAUCCAUCGAAAUAACAACUUCCAUUCGUUUUUCGCCGCCGUCCUCGUCCUUUUUCGGUGAGUUUUGAAUGAACUGUUCACCACUAAACUAAUAAUUUUCCACCAAAUCCUCGAAAUUUCGAAAAGCUAAUAGUGAAAGCUCAUUAACUGUUUCAAACGACAAACUUCAUGAAAAUAAAAUGUUUGUCAACACUCAUCACAUACUUUAACACGCUGUCUCUUUAAUUUUUAUUAGAAGCUACUCAGAAUUUUUAGAGGAGAUAAUGGAAUCAGAGAAAGUACAGAAAGUAUCUUUGAAAAAACAACAGUUUUCAGAAAAAGGACAAAAAGUUAGCUUAGAUUUCCUAGAUUAAAUUAAAGUUUAUUGUGGCUUUUAAUACACCCCCCACUGAUUAAGACCUACGGGUCUGAUUUAAAGUUCAUUUUGAGCUUUCCCGAGUUUCGCAUGUUUUUCUUUAUGAAACCGAAACCAUAUGAAGAAAAUUUGAAGACGCAAAGUUUCGCUCAUUUUUUCUCAAGAAAUAAAAUAUUCCAGCAGAAAACUUACUGAGUUAGGCUCUUAAAUCAGAAAUAAAUAUUGAGCUCUUCAAAAUCAAUAGAAUUCUUAUCACAAGAUUGACGAAAAAAUAAAUUUGAAGGAUAUAUGGAGGAUUAAUAAAUUUACUAAGAAGUCUUGGAUUUUCUGGACCUUUUUCCAGUGGAAAUAUACAGUUUGUUCUCCAUUUUGUGACACAAAGAAUAAUGAUGAAAUGAAGCUAAAAAAAGAGGAAGAAGAUAAAAAUUGAAGAUCGGCGACUGGCGAAGCGUGGCAGGAGAUCAUGUUGUCGUGCUCGGACCGAGAAGACGUCCGUUGCGACCCGCUCUCCGACGACUACAAGAGAGAUCGCGAGGCUCGUUGCGGCGUCAACUUCUCCUACCCCUACUUCAUCUCCUUCUUCAUGCUUUGCUCGUUUUUGGUCGGUUUUUGAAAAGUUUCAAGGCGUCUAUCGAUAAUGAUAGUAAUAAUAGUCGCUCCACUCAGUUCAUUCAAUAGACAUGAUGAAAAAGCCCUACAUUGUUUAUAGCUGAUUCACGGCAGGCUUGAACCAUCGAAAAAAUGGUCCUGACACGAGAUAGCGCCUGGCUCAAGGAGAGCGCAGACAGGCCACGCCUCCUUAGUGUUCCAAGCUGACCGUGAAUCAGCUAUAUUUAUCAAGUCACGGCGUUUUUGUUAGUAUAAAAAAAUGCGAAACCAAAAACACGGUGGGCGGAGCCAAAAUAUCCGCCGUUCCCACGUGACGUCAUGGGAACGGCAGAGAUUUCGAAGAGCGUAAUAACAGGACGUAUCAAAGGCGCAGGCUGCCGUAUUGCCAAAGGUCUUUGAGAUGAAUUGAAAUUUCUCUACAUAAACGUUCUACAUUCUCUACAUAAUUUUCUGCGCGAAACCGGCACAGUGCAUGCACACGACACACGACACUUUACGGAGAAAAUUUUGCACAAAGGCUUUUGAAAAAUUCUUGAUAAUUGCUUUUUUGCGCGAUUUUUUUUAGAGUUACGACUACAUUAUGUUAAUUAUAGGCCUGGUUUAAAUUGAACACAAAAUUUGGGAAAAAAAAAAUUUCAAAACUUUGCGCAGGUAACGACUCAAGGACCUUUACCGGAACCUUCAAAGGGUUUUUAGGAUAAUUCCUAGAAAAUCAAUAAACCUAACCUGAAAAUUACCUUUUCUUUGAGAAGCCUUAAAGUUUUGAACAACUAAAAAUUUGAAAUCAACAAAAAAUUUUCAAGGUCAUCAACUUGUUUGUCGCCGUCAUCAUGGACAAUUUCGAUUAUCUGACGAGAGAUUGGUCGAUUUUGGGUCCUCACCAUCUGGAAGAAUUCGUCCGUCUCUGGUCCGAGUACGAUCCCGACGCCAAAGGUAAUCGAUAAAUCUUCAUCCUUCGGAAAAGAAAAGGGAGAGGCUCAAAAAAGGCUGCAGAAAGGCGCGGAAAGGCAGCUAAAAGGCCCCAAAAAGGCAGCAAAAAGGCCCCAAAAAGGCCUCAAAAAGGCUCUAAAAAGGCCGCAAAAAGGCAUCAAAAAGACUACAAAAAGAGUCCCUUUAUCGAGUCUUUCAUUUUUUCUGGGACUUUGAAGGCUCGAUAAAUGGUGAAAAAAGGAGAGGCUGCAAAAAUGGUGCAUAAGGGCUCAGAAAAUGGCGCAAAAGGGCAGAAAAAAGGGAGCCUUCAUCACCCUAAAAGGAUCAUUUCUAUAGAGCCUUCCAGCAGCCUUUAUGGACCCUGGGAGAGCCCUUCCGACUUUGCCUGUUUUCUAUCCCCCAAGCAAGGUCAUUUCACCUUGCGGUUAGGGAUUUUCUGGGCGCUUUGACCGAAAACUCUUUCUUCAGAUUUUUCGUGGUUUCUCAAAAAAUCUAUCAGACUUUUAAAAAUUAUCAACAUCUUCAAGGUUCCGUAUCAUCAUUUACGAUGUCUCAAAAAAUAUUCAGGUUUUUAUUUUCCCCUUUCCAGGCCGGAUAAAGCAUCUGGACGUUGUCACGUUACUGCGAAAGAUCUCCCCUCCAUUGGGUUUCGGAAAACUUUGUCCGCAUCGAUUGGCUUGCAAGGUUUGUUAUGGGUGCAGUGGAAUUUAUAGCCUUUUAAGUUCACUAAAACAAACGCGAUGUCGCUGACGACAUCGCGAAAGUCUCGCAUUUUCCUAGGCGCGAUAUCACGUUUUUCUCGGCGAGAGCUUGUAUUUAAAAGAAGACUUUUGUGAGCAGCCACGGUGACAACGCGGUUAUUUCGCGAUGUCGCUAUUGUAUCGCGAACAGAAUUGAUUUUUUGUUAGAUUUUGCGUUCAACAGAAUUUUUUUCAAUGAAUAGACGAUAGAAAAAAACCAAAAUUUUUCAUACUUCAAAACUCGUAAAAUUUUCACUUCAAUUAUAAGUUUCAUUAAAACUAUGAAUAAUUUUUUUCAGAUUUAUGAAAUGAUUCCAAAAAAAUACUCUUGUUUAAUAAAAAACACGAAUUUACCUCUCUAUGAAAAACUUCAACUGUUAAACUAACUUUAUAAAAAUAAUUUAACAACCAAAAAAAGCAUUUAAAAUCAUUUAAAGUAGAGAAGUAAUGAAUAAAGAACGUUCAAAUCAGCAAAAACGCCAAAAUUUGAAAGGAAAAUCAUGGAAAAUGUCAUAUUUUGACCUUGGAAAUUUGGGCAAGGAGAUUUUCAAGAUUCUCUGAAGGAUUUUCAUGAAAUAAUGUGAUUUUGCAGCGAUUGGUGUCGAUGAACAUGCCCCUGAACUCUGACGGAACAGUUUGUUUCAACGCGACUUUGUUCGCCUUGGUCCGGACCAACUUGAAGAUUUACACAGGUUUCGUAACUUUUCAUUAGCUUAAGAACGACAGAGUGGUCACUAGAGGGGUUAGGGAAAAAUCAGCGCCUAUAGGGGACAACAUAGUGCUCCCUAGGAAGCUGAAUUUUAAGGGGUCCCUAUAGAAGCUAAGAGUCUGGCUUUUAAAGCUCCUUAAGCUCAAGUGGGCCUUUUAGGGGUCUUUCAGAAAUCAGCCAUUUAUUCUGUUUCUUCGCAUGGAAAUGUUUUUUUGUCAUACUAGAACUCUCCCAAAAAUAAACGACUAUUUUCCCUAGAGUGGCCACUUUGGCAGGUUCAAGCUCCUCUAUAAGAGAAAGUAAGGUGGUCCCUAGAGGGGAGUCUUCAAGAGCCCCUUAAGUUGUGCCUAUAGUAAUCACUGUAGCGUUCCUUUUGACUUUUUCUUUUGAUGGAGUUAGGAACGACAGAGUGGUCACUAGAGGGUUUGGGGAAAGCAGCUUCUAUAGGGGACAACAUUGUGCCCCCCACAGGAAGCUGAAUUUUAAGGGGUCCCUAUAAAAAAAAAGCUAAGAGUCUGGCUUUUAAAACUCCUUAAGCUCAAGUGGGCCUUUUAGGGGUCUUUCAGAAAUCAGCGAUUCAUUCUGUUUUUUCACAUGGAAAUGGUUCUCGUCAUACUAGAGCUCCCAAAAAUAAACGACUAGCGUCCCUAGAGUGGCCACUCUAUAGGGAUCACUCUAGCGCUCCUAAGAAGAUCUUUUUUUCAGAAGGAAACAUCGACGACGCCAAUGAACAACUAAGGUCGGCAAUAAAGAGAAUUUGGAAGAGAACUUCGACCAAAAUGCUCGAUGAAGUCGUUCCGCCGGCUGGAAGUUUGUUUCCUUUUUCUCUAAAGUGCCGAAAUUUCGAUAUCAAGAAUAAAAUGUGAAGUAAAAUAUAGCUUUUUGGAAACGACUUGUAAAAGUUUGCACAAAAAUGACUGAGCGAACUUUUUCGAUCAUUUUUAUAUUUAUAACAUCAUUGUAACCUAUUUCUAAAGGGUUUGGACUCCUGAAGGAAGUUGAGAUUUUCAAGUUUUCGCAAAGGUUUUGAAUUAGUUGAUAGUCAUAAAAUGGUAUUCUCUAAAGUGCCGAAAUUUCGAUAUCAAGAAUAAAAUGUGAAGUAAAAAUAUAGCUUUUUGGAAAACGACUUGUAAAAGUUUGCACAAAAAAAUGACUGAGCGAACUUUUUUUCGAUCAUUUUUUUAUAUUUAUAACAUCAUUGUAACCUAUUUCUAAAGGGUUUGGACUCCUGAAGGAAGUUGAGAUUUUCAAGUUUUCGCAAAAGGUUUUGAAUUAGUUAAUAGUUCAUGAAAUGAUUUAAAUUUUUUUAUGAAAUAUUAUAUUUCAAAUAUAGCCCCGGGACAUAAAUUUUCAGAAAAGUUUUUUUUUCUCUAGAAUUAGAGCAUUUUUUUGGUUUUUUUCAAAAAAUGUGUUUUCGUCAAGUUUUGUUCGAAAUUUAUUGAGGAAGUAGCUUCUCAAUUUUUUUUUGCCAGUUUUUCGAUCUCUGAUUCAAAAAUUGGGAAAUAAACUUCAGAGAACUUUUGACCUGAUGCAAUAAAGUGGAAAAUGAUUUUCCGCUAUUUUCCUGAAAUUAAAAAGGCCUAAAACUCUCCAAGAAUUCACUGAUUUUGUCUUAUUCUGAUCUGAUAGGCUAUAAGGAGUUUCGGAUAAGGAAGAAAAGAUUUCAGUCUAAAAAAAGACUGGAAACUUUCGAGUUUCAGGAAAAUUGCGGGAAACCAUUUUCCUUUUUAAUGCAUAAGGUCUCAGUUUGAGACCAGAUAGAUCAUGUAGCUGAUUCACGGCUGGCUUGAGCCAUCGAAAAAAGGGUCCUGACACGAUAAUGCACGAGAUAGCGCCUAACUCGUGGAGAGUGCAGACAGGACACGCCCUUUAGCGUCCAAAGCUGGCCGUGAAUCAGAUAUAAUUACAAAAAAGAGUUUUCCAGAAUUUCAAUCUGUAUUUGAUGAAUUUGAAGGAUUAACUGAUUCUGAUUUAUUCUGAUGUAAUCAGCUUUAUAAGGAGUUUCGGAUAAGGAAAAAUUCAAGUCUAAAAAAAGACUAGACACUUUCGAGUUUCAGAAAAAAUUAAAAAAAAUCAUUUUUCCACUUUAUUGCAUACGGCCUCAGUUCGAAAUCAGAUCAUAAAUCCAAGAAAAAAAUUUUUCCAGAAUUUCAACCUGUAGUUAAUUAAUUUGCAGAAGAAGACGACGUGACGGUGGGAAAGUUCUACGCGACCUUCCUCAUCCAAGACUACUUCCGACGGUUCAAAAAACGAAAAGAAAUGGAGGCCAAGGGAAUCGUUCCAACACACACGCCGCAGGCCAUGGCUCUUCAGGUUAUUUUUUGAAAUUAUGACAGUAUUUACAGCUCAAAUUGUUGAAAAAUCAGUUGAAUGUUUCAUAGCCACGGUAAAAGGGUCUCCAGGUUAUUUUUCGGGGUUCCUCCCACUUUCUUAUCCACGAUAGGUUCAUGGGAAAUUGACAAGGGAGGUAAUUUUACUUUGCGGUUGGGAUCCCUCUGAAAACUGGCCAGAACGCUCCUUGAUGAAGCAGAAGAAGAUUCUGAAAGUCUCUACCUGCAAAACUUCCUAUUUAUUGAGAAAAAAACGCUCCAAAUUUAAAGGAAAUCUUCAAAACACAGUAAAAUAAGCUAUUUCGGGGAUUUGAGCCCUUAUUUCGAAAACCAAGUAGUUGUGCAGGUUGAGACUUUCAGAAUCUUCAUCUGGUUCAUCAAGAAGUGUUUUGACCAAUUUUCAGGAAAUUCCCAACCGCAAAGUAAAAUUACCUCCCCUGUGAGGGAAAAAGUUCGAAAUUGGUAUAAAAUAAGCAAGAAUAUUAGUUUAAUGUUUCAUAGUCACAGAAAAAUAAUUCUCCAGGUUGUUUUUUUUUUUAAUUUGCGAUCGUUUUGUUCGUUUUAAAUUAAAAAUAUUAAAAAAAGAAAAUUAAGGUUGAAACUUUAUAGAUGAAGAAUCGGUGAAGCUUAGAAUCUCAAUGAGUAAAAAUAUUGAAAAAAAAUUCUUCAUGACUUAAAGUCGAAACGGGAACGCGAUUUAAUAGUGGUGGCCUGAAGAGACACCAGAGAAACGAGAAAAAUGUCUCACUGUCUAGCAUCUCUUCAGCCAAAAUUGAUCUCUUACUUCGAUUUUUUUGGGAUGCAAAACCACAAAAAUCCUAUUUUGCGCUUUAUUGAGAAGAAAAUAAAUUGUGACCGCACGUAGAAUGGCUCAACGCGAAGCGGUCGCGUAGCGGUUCCGUCCAGUAUAUUUUAAUGGCGGCUAUAAAUUUUCGCGCAAGUCGUUUUGGGUCGGUUGCGUUCUGAAUCAACCGCCUUGAGCCAUUCUGUGCGUUAUUGAUUCUAAGGAAUUUCUUGCGAUUUUUAGAAAAAAAUGAAAAAAAUUUUUUUGAAAAAAAUUGAUUCACUAUGAAAGUAAUUGUGUUUAUAAUGGGAAAUCUUGUAACAAAAAUUUUUUUUUCAACCCUUUUUGUUGCAAUAACUUCAUUUAUCAUCAUUCUUUUUUUCUCAUCUUGCUUAAUAUCAAACGAGUUUCCGGCUCUGUGAUGAGAAUGAAGAAAAAAAGAAAAACUUGAGACGCAAUUUGGUCGUUGGACGAGAUGCCCCUCUUCUUACGAAAAAACGCGGCAAACGAGAUGGCCAAAAUGAAAUUUUCGUUUUUCAAGUAGGAGCGAAGCGGAAAAGUGCGCGGAAAACUUCUUUUUUUUUCUCCGCUGCUUCAGUUUUUGAGUUCAGGAAUUUGUUUUAAAACUUUCAAGCGUUUUUUGUGAUAAAAUUGAUCUUUUUAGUCGAAAGUUUUCAAUGAAAAAAAUAGCUUAAACGUAGUAAAAAUGCUCCGAUUUUUGCAAAAAAUAAAAUAGUAUAACCAAGAAAGUUAGGUUAUAUUGCUAAAUGACCAUUUAUUGCAUUAUAAAACUCAGAAUUGCUCAUUUUAUGACCCAACUUUCUCUCUCUCAAGCUCUGAUUUAAAACGGUUUCAAAAAAACCUCUUCAUUCUGGCUUUUUUUCAAGUUUAAAAACUCCAUUUUCUUUUCUUUUUCCUUCCAAAAAGGUUAGAUUUUAGUCUGUUUGCUCACCUGCUCGAAUUUCGAUUCAAAAUUUCAAAACCAGCUGCUUUUUGAAGAUUUUUUUUUUCGUUUCAAAACACCUGCCUUGAUAUUUUUCCUUCCGAAGAAGGAACCAAUAAAAUCCCGUUUUUUUCUCAACAAAAGUCGUAAACUCAUCUCAGAACCAUACAAUUUCAAUGCAUUUCCAAUGAGGCAAGUGCACUGAAGGAUGAGAAAAAGUAAGACGGGAAAAAAGUUGAGCUCAAGCCCUUUUUGCUGUUUCUCUCGGAGUUGAAAACUUCUAUUUUUGGUGGUUUUCUUAAUUCAGCGCUUUCAUUACUUGUAUAAAUCUUUACUAAGUUUCGGAUUCUAUUUUUUUCUCCUUUUUAUUUUCAAUGGAAAUUUUUCUGAUUCUUAUGGAACAUUCACUCGAAAAAUCUGAUCACGAUUACUUGAUUUAUUGUAGAAAAAUUCAUAUUUUUCUCAAAUCCUGUCCAAAUUUGAACAGACAGAACCAAAAAAUCUCAAAAAAAAAGGCGGGAAGAUUGAGGGAAAUCCUCACCUCCCCUAUAGGGUUCACUUAAAAGCUCUGACCGUGAACCCCUAUAAUGACUACUUGAGCUUUAGUCUUUUAGGGAGCACUAUUUUCUCUUCAACGUGUUGUUUCUUUUUUCCUAACCCCUUUAGAACCCACUCUGGCUUUUCGGAGUAAAGAUUGGGUUUUUUAAAUAUUCAUGAAUGAUUUUUUUUAAUGAAUUGUAUUUUUUGCAGGCCGGUCUCCGAACUCUACACGAAAUCGGGCCCGAACUGAAACGCGCCAUUUCCGGAAAUCUGGAAACGGAUUUCAAUUUCGACGAUCCGGAACCUCAACAUCGGGUUUGUUCAUCUUUUUUCGGCUCAAAAUAACCAAUAAUUCCCACUUUCCACUCAAAAACCAUUAGAAUCUUCCCAUCCCUUUGUAAAAAAAAUGAUAAAAAAGACGGAGAGAAUCUAAAUUAUUAAAUAUUUUGGAUGCGCGUUGUUUUCUUCCUUCUUUUCUUACUAUUUGAUUAUUCUCAAAUUUCCGAAAAGGUUCCGUUGGCAAUUUUUUUGCUCCAGCUGAAUUUUUGGAUAAUUUUGGCUUGGUUUUUUUUUAUGUCUCGUUUUUUUUUUGAAAUCCGUUUUGAACAGAGUUUUUCAUUGGAUUAAUUUAUUCGAGACAUGGUUAAACUUGAAAAAUUUGAGAUGGGAUUUUGAAUUUUCAUUCUGAAAUCGAGAACAGGACGAAUUUGAUUAUUUUGGGUUCAAUUUUUGGACCCAGCGAAUAGGAAAAAUUUUGAAAUCUCACCAAAAUGGGCAGGACCUCACAAAGUGCGCUCCGCCGUACUUUUGAAGAAAAAUAGUUGUUUUCCGUAAUUUUAUAUAUUUAUAGGCUUACUUGAACUUUCAGUACAACAAUUAGAAGAUUAGUUAGGACAAAAAUCUGAAAUGAAUGGCCCUUUGACGUCAUUUUAUGCUGAAUCAACACUUUUUUGAAUGGAAAUAAUGAAUCGACACAAUAAAAGCGUAUAGACGAAGAUUUAUCGUUGAGAAAAAAAUUUAUAAAGAAAAAAAAAUUGUUUCUUGAUUGCCCACGUAAUCAUAGUUUCAUUGUUCAGAAAGCUUAAAAAGAUUAUAUAUUCCAAAUUUUUUUCAAAAUUUCAUUUUCUCUAAUACAGCUUUAACCUUAGGGCGCAAUAAAAAGAACCUGAUUUUUUUGAAAAAAAUAUUCCCAUUUUUUUCUAUUUUUUUGGAGAUUUUUCAGACUUUUUUUCCUGGAAAUUUUAAAAUUCAAAAAGCUUGCAAGUAGAAUCAUCAUAGUUAAAAUAUUCAAAAAAAUUUCUGAAAAAAGGCAAUUUUUUUCUACUUUCGGAAAGGCUUUAACCUUUUUUUUGUCCUGCAGAACACUUGAAAAAAAUCACAUUUUUGGGCUCAAACUCAUUGUUUUUCUUUUUUUCUGGCUUUAAAAAAAGUCACGCUUUUCAGCUUAAGUUUUUUUAUAUUUUUUCUGGACGUUUAAAAGAGGUCCAAGAAGCACUCUAUAUAUUUUUCAUUCCGAAAAAACACGGAGGAACGGAAACGAAAAGCCGGAAAUGAAGGGCCUCUUGUUAAUUCAUUCACUUUGGUGAGCUCCUCCUCAAGAUUUAUGGUUUUUUUUAGUCAAGAGCAAUUUUUUCUACUGAGAAAGGGUCGAUUCAAGAAAAGAAUUCUUUUUGAAAUUUUCAGGUUUCUAGGUGAAUUUUUUUAGUGUUCUUUUAAGUUUUUUUCCAGGCAAUUUUUUUCUCAACUUAACUAUUUUGAAAAAAAGUGGAUUGAACUUUUUUUCUGUAGAAGCUUCAUCUAUGAAAAACUUUAUGUAUGAUCCCAUUUUGACCUGAAAUUUCAACUUUUUGAUCGCUUUUUUUCUAGAAAAAAAGGAGAUUUGGGUAUUUUUGUUUAUAAAUUCAAAAAAAUUUUAGACCACUCUAAUAAAUUUUUUUAAUAAAUUUCCAGAAAUAUCGAUGAAAAAAAUAAUUUUGCUAUAAUCAAAUCAAAUCAAAUCAUUUAUUUUGUUGUUUUAGUCUGAUGUAAUCGACUAGGCGGUGAACAAGAACUUUGAAAGCUAUAACGAACAACCGCCUUUGGCGAACUAGAAGUCCAAAUGUGUAGUUGAUCAAGUUGAAAGCAUGGUCUUACGGUCCUUCGCUUUGUUCUUCUGCGCGUAGUCCAUCCAGUUGCGCCUUGACGAAUGUAGCGGAUCUCGUGCUGGAGCCCGGAGACCGUGCUCUAGGUGGAAGACUCAGAAUGAGAGCGGCCACUUCGAGUGAAGAUUUUACACGGAAAAAAUCAAACCUUUUUGGAUCCGCCGUCCCGAAAAAACUGAUUUUCUUGGAUUUUUAGGUAAAAAUAUGAAGUUUCUUGAUUAAAAAAAAUUGUACAAAUUCUGAAUGUUCAUAGUGAGAAGCUGAUUGGAACGAUUUCAGAAUGAAAAAAAUAAAAAUUCGGAUUUUUUACUCAAAAAUGACAUUACUUAAAUUAUUAUUUGGUGAAUUCCCUGAAAAUAUCAGUUUACUGUUUCUUUUGAGAAAUAUUUCCUUAAGAUUUUCAUUUCUUUUUUUCAAUUUGGUUUUUUUCCUUUCCGCACGUUAUUUCGAAAUUUAUCAUUUUACGAGCUUUUUUUGAACAAAUGGAUAAUUCGGAAAAUGGCCUUUAUAAAUGAUUGAUCUUGUGCGCCCCACGGAAACUGCCGUUUUUUUCUUGCUCAUCUGAAGAAGACACGAUGUUUGGCUCAUGAAUCAAGAUGCAAAAAAAGAAGAAGGAAAGCCAUCUAGGUACCCCAUUUGUUAGAACGCUCGCCACUGCCAAAAAACAAACAAAAAAAAACGACGGCUCCAAUUUUUCUUUUUUUCAAGAAUAUUUUUUGCUUUUCUGGAAAGCUAGGAUUUGCUUAAUUGCUCAUGUAAAAUUGAUGGCGGGGAAUUUUUCGACGCGAAAUUGCCCAGACUUGUUUUUGCGCGUUUUCCAAGCGAUUCAAGUUGAUUUAGAGUUACUGAACGAAAAAUAAAUUGGCUCAAGAAGUGGCUAGUUUGAUACUUGAAGUCUUGAAGUCUUUUUUGACUACGACACUCCAAGCUACGAUACGAGGAAUAGGAUUCUGAAUUAACAGAUUAUUUUAACACAAUUUCCAAACUUUCGAUGUCAGAAUGAAGUUUAAAAAAAUGUUUUUCAUCGAUUUUCAAAUUUUACAACUUUCCGCUAUAAAAACGUCAGUUUAACGUUUCUUGGACCAUUUAUAGGUUCCAAAAUCUUUUUUCUAGUUCUUAUAUUUGUUCAAAGCGAAACCUGUAAAUAAAUGGCAUGUUCUAAAAACACGAGCGGUUGUGGGGCACGAGCGGCACGACCGUUACUAAAUCACAAGCGGUUUCAUUUUUCGCUCCUUCGCGAACGCUUCUAAAUCACGAGCGUUUUUUUGGCUUAUCGUUCUGUUCGAGCGUUUCUAAAUCGCGAGCGUUUCAUUUUAAUCAUUUUCUUUAUUACCAUCCAAGUGUGUUUUUUUUUCAUAUUUCUACCUUCUUUUUCUCCUUGAAUACAAAUUUUGACGAUCUUAUAUGCACAUUUUUUCGCUCAAUUUGUUGAUUGAUUCACAUUUGAGGUUCAUAUAAUGGGUUUUUUCUAAGUUUUUUUGCGGUCUCUAUAAUUUCACAGAUUCUGCGUAUGGCAAAUUUUUUUUCUAAUAAUUUCAUCUGAUUUUCAUAUUCAAUAUUUCACAGAUUUUGCGUAUGAUAAACUAAUAUUUCACAGACGUCUCGCAUGAAAGUCAAUAUUUCUCAAAUUUUGCGUAUAGCAAAUUUUUUUUUCUAAUACUUUCUCUCAAAAUUUUUCUGGUAAUAGAAUCUCAUAUUCGAAUUGAUGCCAUUCAUAUUUUAUUCUCCUCUUACCCGCUAGAAUAGUUUUGGAGAUAUUACCAAAAAAUUUAUUCGUUUCCAAGCUUUGAAAAUAUUUAUCAUGAAACGAGAAAAAAAAAAUACGAAAUUUACGAAGUAUCAAAAAUAAAUUAAUAACCGUAGCGAAUGAAUGAAAUAAAUGCCAUAAGCGUCUGGUGGUUCAUCGGUGAAUGACAGCCGUAUAACGAAACAGAUUGGAAAAAUGAAAAAUAUAGAAAAAAAGGGAAAUCAAUGUAUAAAUCAGAGUUUAUAUGCAAUAACAGGGGGCUUCGUGUAAGCAGGUGAAAUUGAAAAAAAUAAUUCUCCUCACUGGAUCCCGCGCAGAACGUUCAGGGGAACUUUUCUAACAUCCGAAAAAAAUUCGCCCUCAACAUAUGGCUGAUCCGAAAAAGAAUUAAUCUCAUCGAGGUGAACACCGAUGAUGUUUUGGUUCUCUGAAAGAUAAUAAAAAAAAUAAAAAAAAAAUCUGAGAAAUAUUGACUUUCAUGCGAGACGUCUGUGAAAUAUUAGUUUAUCAUACGCAAAAUCUGUGAAAUAUUGAAUAUGAAAAUCAGAUGAAAUUAUUAGAAAAAAAAUUUGCCAUACGCAGAAUCUGUGAAAUUAUAGAGACCGCAAAAAAACUUUAAAAAAAUCCAUUAUAUGAACCUCAAAUGUGAAUCAAUCAACAAAUUGAGCGAAAAAAAUGUGCAUAUAAGAUCGUCAAAAAUUUGUAUUCAAGGAGAAAAAAAGAAGGUAGAAAUAUGAAAACACACACUUGGAUGGUAAUAAAGAAAAAUGAUUAAAAUGAAACGCUCGCGAUUUAGAAACGCUCGAACAGAACGAUAAGCCAAAAAAACGCUCGUGAUUUAGAAGCGUUCGCGAAGGAGCGAAAAUGAAACCGCUCGUGAUUUAGUAACGGUCGUGCCGCUCGUGCCCCACAACCGCUCGUGUUUUAGAACAUGCCUAAAUAAAUAACAUUAUUAAAAAAAAGCAGGAAGGUUUAUUAAUUUUUAAACUUUGAAAACAGUCCAAUUAGCCUAAAAUUUUCACCUUCCUCACUAAGAAUAACUGACGAGAUAAACGCGAGGUCGGUGGCGGUACAUUGACUAACUCGCAAAAAUGUCGCUUUUUUCUAGGCGCGAUCCCGCAUUUAUCUUGCAUUUCGGAAAUUUUCAAAUUGCGAGAUGUUUGCGAGCUCGUCAAUGUACCGCCAGUGUCUCGCGUUUAUCUCGGCAGUUAUUCUUAGUGCUGUUUUAAAUGAUUAUAAGAAGUCAUGAAAAAAGAAAUUUUCGCUUCAAUUUUGUGAAAAACUUGAAAAAUAAACCACCAUUCGUCACAAAAAUCAAAAAAAGGAUGCUAAAAAAAGUACCUUUUUCUCAGAUUUUCGAUGCAUUUUAUUUUUUUCUUAUUCAGCCUUUCAGUUACUAGAAAAAUCUGAAGAGGCGAGAUUUUUUUCAAAAAAAUACUUCAAAAAUCUGAUAAAUUUUUUUAAAUUGAAAAAUAUUUGCUUGAGCUCUCGAAAAAGUGUUUUGAUCUUUGAAAACUCCAAAGUGGUCCCUAUAGGGGCUCUUCAACGUUUCCCUAUAGGGGCCACUAAAGCUUUCAACAAAGGAUCAUAUCUGAUGAAGUUUGAAAAGUUGACCCUUAGAUGACCUUGAACCUUAUAGGGACCACCUGAAUUUUACCCCUCUAGGGGUCACUUUUUCGUUCAUUACAUAAGUUUUUUACCCUUAUAGGGACCACUUUGGUCUUGGUAAUAAUUGGCAUCAAAAUGUUUUUUUUUUGCGGACCCUGGCAAUACCAUAAUCUUUAUUUUACGGCUUUCCAGUGAUUUUCAACCUCGAAAAAGUCGAUUUUCAUGUCAGAAUUCAGCUUCCUUUCCGACGUUUCCUUGGAAAUCUUCUCAAAAAUGGCGUCAGGAAACGUGGAAAAUAGUGGGAAAAAAAGGAAGAGAAGUGGGCGGAGUCCAGGAAACUACGCGCCUUUUUCUCGCGCCUGGAUGCCUCGGCCCCGAGUGCAACUUUUUGCCUCCUGCCUUUCUUUUUCUUUUUUUUUUUCGGCUUUACGAGUCAUUUUUCGAUUUUCGAGUCAGUAUUUUUUUGAAGAUGUUUUGAUCAUAAAAAAAUAGUAAUAUUUUUAAAAAUUUUUUUAUUACGUUGUUUUUUUAGUUUUGAGCUCUCAUUUUUUUCAAUUUCUGAUUUUGGAAGCUUCUUAUUUUAUAAAAAAAUAAUUUUUCCCUUCAAAAAAAGGAGCAAAGAUUAACACACAGGGAAAAUUUUUAGUACAGGCUCGCCAAGGACUACUUGGAGAGGACACUAAAGUGGCCACUAAACCCAUCUCUAUAGUGACCACUAUUUUCCGUUUUAGUGGCCACUUCAGUAGUUUUUCAUCCAGUAUUCUUUCCACUCUGAUACUUUUGAAACAAACUGGACCAGUUAUUUUGAUCCAUUGACCCCUAGAGUAGCCACUAAAAUUCUAGUAGUCAAGUAGUAGCACUUAGACCUCUAUAGUGGCCACUUGUUUUCAACCCCUUAAGCGCCUACUAAUUUGACUACUAUAGUGGCCACUAAAAAAUUUCCCAGGACUUGGUUCCUUCAGGUAGCUGAACUACGUUUAGAGAUGAAUUUCUGGAUUUUUUCAAACUUUUAGAGAAUCUCUUAGGGCUCUAAAAAUCAAACUUUUGAUGUAUUUUAAUACAAUGAUGUGCAUUCUUGAUGUAAUAUGCUUUCAUGGACUUUCACAGUCCCUACGUUCUUGACCUUCAAGCUGAAAUCUACUUUUUCCGAUUUUAAGCUCUUUUCUCAAAAUAAUUUUGAAGAUUUUCUUGAUAUUCUCAAAAGUACGAUCUUCUUCGGCCCAUAUAUGCGGAGGUAGAUCUACUUGGACUUUGUUCUCAAUUUGAGAUUGGAAAAUUACUUUACGGUCACGCCAUUUCUAUGAAAAUACUUUCAAGAAAGGGAAUUUCAGUCGCACUCCUUUUUGUUAACUAAAUGAACGAUUUCUCGGUUCAGCGUCACCACUCGCUGUUCAACAACCUGGUCCAUCGGCUGUCUGGACAAAAGUCGCCGACCGAAGAGAAAUCUUUGGAAAAAGGAUCGACUUUGCUUCCUUUCCGUGGGUUUUUCGCUUUGUUUUCAGAUUUGGAAAAUCAAAAAUAGUAUUUUGAAAAAUCAGGAAGGUUGAUAAAUAGAAAAUAUCGUCAAAAAUAAACAAUGUUUUCUAUAGAAUUUUGAAAUUUCAGUUUUGUAGAACAGAAGGUCUUGAAUAAAAAAUUGAGCAAGUUAGAAAAAUUUUCGCCUUACCCAUAUAUUCUAAUGUUUUACUUACAAAAACCAAAACAGAGAUACCAUUAUUAAAAAUAGAAAUACAGAUGUAAAAUAUGAAUUUCGAAACAGGAAACUUUGCUUUUAUUUGAACAAAAAGAUUUUUUUCAUUUUUGUAGCUUUCAAAAAAAUUGCCGAAACUUAUAUUUUUUUCUUCAAAAAUUAUUUUUUUCGUGUUGCGGAACCAAUCGAAAACUUCUUGAAACAGAGAAUUUUCGUAAAACUGCAAAGUUUUUGCAAUUUUUUGAUUUUCGAAAUUUUCGCACAAACUUAAUAUUCCACAGUUUUGAUAAAAUUUGAUCAUGUGGCAUUGGAAGAAUAACGAUAAUUCUGAUUUUUGUAGAACCUCGAUCAUUCUCGCCGACGCAUUCUUUGGCUGGCGCUGAAGGAAGUCCAGUCGUGCCGACCUUACCGCGAGCCCCUCUGAACUCCUCCGUCAACCUGCCGCUCAACGGUUCUGCUCGACGGUAGUCUAUUGACUUUUUUCCUUCGAAAAAGAAAAAAAUUGAAAAAUGACUUCAGAUUUUUCUUUUCAUUCCAUCUUGAUUUUAUUCUUAUUCCUAACUUGAAUUUUUUUCGGAAAUCAAUUAUGAGUUCAUAUUGAAUUUUCGCCUCCUAUUUCGAAAUUUCCUCAGUACUUUAAAUCCCAGCCAGUUCCCUUUCUUUAUAAUUCACCAAUUCCAUCUGACAUUGUCGAAAAAAAAAAAUUGGUAUUUUGACAGCAUUAACCAAGGAAAAAUUUAAGCUUGAGAAAAUUUUCGAACUAUCGAGAUGAUUCCCUUUUCUCGGCUUGAAACGGCCGGCUGCGGCAAACAUGCGUUUUUUGGCGCCAAUUUAAAAAUUUUCGUAUUUUUUGAUUUUGUUCAAGUUUCCAAUUGAAGUUCACAUAAAAUAUCAUUCAAAGAAGACGUUUCAAUCCUACAGUAGUCACUAUAUCGCUUAAUUAUUCAACUUCAGGUUACCUGUCUUACCACCUUACGCGAACCAUGUGAGCGACGAGACGGCGGAUGGAAUUUUGCGAUAUCGCGAUACGGGAAAUCGCGUCGGCGUCGACCCGAGGAACCGCACCGUUUUCGCUAAUCGAAAGUGCGUAUUUUUGAAGAAACAAAGUUGAAAAUUAUAUAUUCAGCUUGACAAAGUUCAAUCGAAAAAAUUCGGACUAAAUAUUUUUGAAAAAUCACUUAAGAUUUUAAAGCCUUCUCACAAAGUGCGCUCUACCGUACAGUUAGAAAUCAUUUCCUCUUGGUCAUUUCGAAUCAAAGUUGAUUCACGGCUGGCUUGAGCUAUCAAAAAAUGGUCCUGACACGAUAAUGCACGAGAUAGCGCCUGGCUCGUGGAGAGCGCAGACAGGCCACGCCCCCUCUCAAACUAGCAGUGAAUCGACUAUAAAACAUAUGAAUCUAAUAAAAAAAACAAUUUUCCCAAAAAAAAAGUUUUCAGCCAACCAGAAAUUGUCUAGAAUCAAAUAAAUAGGUAAUUAUGGAUGUGAUGCCAAUCCGGUGUACCGACGUUAGUAUCCCCAGUGUUUCAAAUCGAUAUUUCUUUCACUUCUCUCAUUUUUCCAGUCCUCCUCUAGCUUUCCCGUUAGAUUUAUGUAUGAAUGAAGGUCAAGCUUACACUUAUUUGGAAUUUAUUAGGAAAGGUCAGCAGAAAAUGUUUUUUGAAAGGAAAUUUCAAUUGAAACAUUCUAUGGUUUGAAUAGAAAUUGCAAAAAAAAAGAAGAUUUUGGAUUUUCUUUCUUUGAAAAUUUUUCCUAUGUUUUCUUGGGUUCAUGAAAAACAUUUUUUGGGGUUAAAUAUUGCUAUUAAAUUUUUUUAAAUUUUUUUCUGAUUUUUUUGAGACGAACAUAUUUUUUUUUAAAGAAACGAUUUUUUUGUCAUCAGAAGCUUGAAGAAUAUUUAAAGAACCUAAAAAAAUUUCCAUAUUGAAAACUGUCUGAUUUCUCUACGCUCUCUUGAACCUAACCUUGAAAUAGAAUAGAAAAAAUAGCAGGUGAUCACGAGAGAGUCAUAGAAACAGAGAAAUUAUAGGAUUCCUAGGCCUUAAUGAACAUAUUAUAAAUCAAAAAAGACUUUUUUGCUGACCUCAAUGUCUUGAAAUCAAAGAAAAUGGAACUUAUUCUAAUCCUGUACCUUUGCAGCGUCCCUGUCGAUCCGGAAGAAGACGACGAAUGGGUCGGACGGCGUCCUUCGCGACACGGCGACCGCAGAACGUUGCCGCCCAUCCGACAGCCCCUCAUCAUGGCGAGGAGUCAGGCCCUCGCUCUGGCUGGUUCGAAAUCAAGGAUGUCUGUAAAACUCGGACGUUUUCCAGGAAUGUCAUCAGAAGCCUACGAGGGCACCUACAGACCGGUGGCCGAGGGUCAGUCCGUCCGACUUCCUUUCUCUUCGAGACCCGUUCUUCGGCCUGUCGACGAUUCUAGGCCUGCCGAUCGUUUGAUAGGACAGUCCCUGGGCUUGGGAAGGUGAUUGAUUUUGAUUUUUUUUCACUUUUAAAAUGAGGACUUCCUAAAAACGAUAAGAGGUUCUUGGAAAAUCCAAAAAGGUCCCUAGUGGGGUAACCUUAGAGGCUAAUGGUGCUCCCCUUUAGGUACCACUUCACCUCCUCCUUCAGGGACACUAAAGCUUGAAAAAUUUGCUACUGUAGGAAAACAUUCUAGUGGUCCUUAGAGGGACAACAUUUGCGCGAAAAAUCAUUAUUUCUUGUAACUUUUGUGAAAAAAAACUAUUUUUUUCUCCUAACCACUCUAGGGACCACUUCACCUUUUUCUUUAGGGACACUAAAGCUUGAAAAAGUUGCUACUAUAGGGAAACAUUCUAGUGGUCCCUAGAGCGCAAAAAGUCGUUGUUUCUAGUAACCUUUGUGUGAAAAAAAACUGUUUUCUUCUCCUAACCACUCUAGGGACCACUCUGGCGUUCCUAAGUUAGGCAGGGAAAUCCCAGAGUUCGAAAAUAGCAAAAAAAAAAAUACUUCUUUGUAAAUUUUCAGCUUUUUAUCAAAGUUUUCUGUUAAAAGGAACAUUAUAUGAUUUUACGUUGAUAUUUUCAGUGUUAGAACUUUCACUUGAUUAAAAUCUAGGAAAAAUGAGGUGAUGUAUAUUAAGUAAUAGCAGAAAAUGAGCCUGGAAUAUUUUUUUUUAGUUUGAAAGGUUCAAAUCCGAAGCUGCUCCAUGUGAGAAUUGAGCAAGACAUUUAGGCAUAUAAUAUUUCUGCGGAAUAAAUGAUUCAAAACUCAGCUUUUGAUCUUGAACCCUUGAUCAUUACAGGUACACGGACCCGCGAGUGGUCGGCGCAGCACGACGCGAAAUCGAAGAGGCCUUCUCCCUGGAAGAUGGCGAGAUGGACAUGGCGGCCGACUCGUUGGCGCCGCUGAUGCAGCACGUCGGCAUGAACGACAUCCGCGACUUCAACGAGAACUCCCGGAACGCCCUGCUCCGACCCGCCGCCGCCGGAACUCCACGUCAUCAGGACUCGACCGGCUCCCAGGAAGACCUCCUCCUCGUCACCACCUUGUGA